AUGCCGGCUGUAAUCAUCCAUGAAGAGGCUGAGAAAAUGUCUGAAUCUCUGCUGAUUCACCACCAGAAAAUGACGAUCAACCCGACCUUUGAUUUGUCUUUGAGAACUGAGAAAGAAAAUCAUAUUUCAGUGUCUGUGAGAGAGUGACGGUCUGAGCAGAGUGAAACACGACCAGAUCUCGGUGAGGAUUUCACUUCUUAGAGCCCGAGCCUCAGAGCGCCGGCUCACAGAGCGGCCCCCCGCUGCGGGCUUUAAAGACCAGCUCUGCAGUUUUAAAGCCGCUACCAUCGCUGAUCCCUCUGCCGGGACUCUGAGGUCAUCACCACAUGACCCCGAGCCGACACAAACGCUCUGAACAAUCCUCUAAGAGUCUUUAUUUCACCUGCUGAGACGAGGUUUAUCCCCGUCAAAAGGAAGAGAAAUGAAGUGAGUGAAAAAACAUGAUGCAACAGGAAGGGAGGGAGGAAUAAAAGAAGGUGUGAGCAGAGGGAGAACCUGCAGAGGAAGAACCUACAGAGGAAGAACCUGCAGAGGAAGAACCUGCAUGGGUACGAAUGCUGUACGACUUCUCAGUCUCACACUAAGUAUGUUUACAGUCUCAGUUUAAUCAGACUAAACUCCUAAUUCGUUUUUUUCUCUGAAUCAGACUUCUCUCCUUGUCCUCAUUUACAUGCAGCUGAGAAAAUUGAAUUAUUGACGUGAACGUGUCCUCCUCCCCAACACUAGGGGGCGAUAUGGGUCUUUUCAGCGGCGCUGUUUCCGACCCCAUACAACCGUCAACAACAACAGCAGGUCGGUGUCAGACGUCAGAAGUGUCUACAACUGCUGCUGGACAUUUUGGAGAAACAAGAAGAUGGAGCAUCGUACAGCGUUGUUUUUGUCCGACAUGAUGGACGCGCUACUUUUUCUAAAGAUGAGACCAACGCUACUCCUCUACUCUGGGGGUUUGUUACAGGGUUACGGGGGACAUGGCACACAUGCAUUAUCCGAUCAUACUCCGACUACAUUACAUGGUAGAGAAAAUCGAAUUCCAGUCGCAUUAUUGGGUGUCUUAAUCGGAGUUCUCAAACUCCGUUGGACUAAGGUGUUUACAUGCACUUCAGUUAUCCGGUCUUAAUCGGAAUAAGGCGAUAAUUCGGUUUUCUCGAGUGUCAUGUAAACGUACUGAGUAUCACAACAUUCAGCCAAACUACCCCCCCCCCCCCAUAUGUUAGGCCACACAGAAGUGAUCUGGAUGGAGGGACCUUGGGUCCAGGUCUCAGUUCCGUCAGGUGGGUCCAGUCUACCUGAGUUUGUGUCGUCAUGAAGGCGGUGUGGUUCAUCACCUGUACUGUAGUCAGACAGCAGGGGGCGCUUUGAGUGUUUUGGCUUAUUUUUUGCAGAGCUGUCAUGUCCUGUUAACAGUCCUUGAUACUAACUCCGCCUCUGUUGUUAAUAACUCUGCCACUUUUGAGUAAGAUCUUGUUCUGUGUCUCUCCAUCUCUUCUCCUUUCAUGGUUCUGGGUGACGGCCGGUCUCAGUGUGAAGUUUAAAGACUUUCAUACCUCUGUAGAAAUUAUAUGAGCCAAUAAGGACAAAAACAUGUUAUUGUAGUAUAAACAGAGAUUUUAAAUAUUUCUGUAUGAAUGAUCUGAACUUUUAUUAUCAUAAAUCCUGAAAUAAAGACUCGUAGUAUUUAGAGCUGUUGAUGAUAAGUGUCUUUAAAAACUGGAAAUAAUGUUCUGAAAAUAAGUAUAGCAUGUGUAGAAGGCCUUCAGGCUGGUUAUCAGACAACAUAAGAUGAAAUAUAGAUGAAGAAGAAGCAGCAGCGGUUAGUGAGCUAACUGUAGCAUCCCUCUGAGAAAUGAUCAGACAAACAGAUUUGUUAUAAAUCAAAAACAAGGUCAGAGGUCGAGUCUCUUCAGUCAAACAUUGAAGUUGAAGCAGUUAAAGCAGAACUGAAGCAGUUUCCUGUCCAUCACAGAGAAACCUUAGAGGUUCACAAUAAUCACACACCAGCUGGUGGUAAUAAUAAUCCAUGGUUAAAAUUACUCUUGAGUAUGCAGGAACAUAACUAAAACUCUGAGUGUUUUGACUGUAAACAUCCUUCAGAGGAGUCGGGUCAUGUUGUUGGGAGUCCACAGGAAGUUUGAAGUCAAAACUCAUCGAGGUAAAAAAGGAGACACACCGGUCUAAAAACAAGAGGAGUUUUAUUAUUUAUUAUUUAUAUUGAAAAUAAAUAUCUAUAUAUGUUAUUGUUAUAUGUUAUUAUAGUUAUCCAUAUAAUAAAAAUAUUACUGCUAUAACAUACAUGGAAUGAUGAAAUUUUUAAUAUAUAAAUGAUUUAAUAUAACUACCUUGUGUGUGUGUAGGCCUAUAGCUAUUGCUCUACCGAUCUGUUUAAUCUUUAUUUAUGAAAAUCCAUGGUUAAAAUUAUUCUUGAGUAUACAGGAACAUAACUAAAAAUUUCCCAUAAAGCAUUGCAAAAUGGAGUGACCAUCCGAUGGUCACUCACCGGUGGUGGGCAUCCUGUCAUGCAUUGCGUCAUGCCAUGUAGUGUCCGAAACCUCCGGUGAUUGAGUUCACUUCAUAGUCAACUAUAGAGAGAAAGCCCAUAUGGGGGUUAGGGAUUGAGUGAUUUAUUUCGGACACGGCCAUAUAAAUAUAUCUAUGGUCAUCACGGCAACUCUGCGACUCUCCCGCCAAAUGCGCACAACGCUACUGCGCAAGUGGUGAAGAGCAUAAAAUGCUUCUGAGCAAUGUUGGUUUCAGGGAAUGGAGAGAAAACGCGGAAAUACUGAGAGCUUUUGAGCUUCAAAUCCGUAAACUGGCCACAGUUUAUAUACAGUCUAUGGUGCUGAUGUCCAGAGUGGUCCAGACUCCAGUCCAUCCAGAUCCACUCCUGUUUCUCCUCCCUCCUCUUUCAGAGAGCAGCGCUCUGAUUGGUCACUGACUGCUUGUCAGGAAGAAAGAGCUGCUGUGUUGAGGCCGAAAACUCAGACACAAGCAGGACCUGGACGACGCUGGAGUACCUCGGAGGACGGAUAUACUCUCCUCAUGACGACGGGGCGGAUUUUUUAACGAGCCGGGCCGCAGAGAAGCUCUCCCCGACCCUCCUCGCUGCUCUCUCCGAGGCCGCCGCGUCCUCCUCCGUCUGCCCGCCGCCUGUGCGCCGCUGCUCCGCCGCUCUCUGUAAUCCAGAGCCGCUGCUGUUUACGGGACUGACGCUGCUGUGUGGCGACGCAGGGACGAAGCAGCCUGAGAUUAAAGUGUCUACGAGGUGUGUGGGAAACAUAACGGAUCAGCUGUUGCUGUCAGACCGGUUUAACAUCCCGGUGAAGAGCCAGCUGGAUGGGAGAAGUGCGCGGCGGAGCGGCGUCUGAUUCUGCGGAGGAACUGCUGUGAGUGACCUGAAGACAGCUGCUGCUCCUUCUUCUUCUUCUUCUCCUGGAGACAGGCGCUUUGUGGGCUUCAGCUCUGAGGAUUAAUCCCAUGAAGGCAGCAGCAGUUUGAGGCUCCUGCAGCAGGUGAGUGUCUGACAUGGAUCCCAGCUCUUCCUCCUCCUUCUCCUCCUCCUCCUCUUCCUCCGCGCUGGGAUUUUGGACACGACUUGCUUGUGUUUGUGUGUUUUUUACUUGUGAUGGUCACCUUAAAAAGUCCUUGUGUUAUCACCCCACUAAGGCCCCUAAUGUGUGUUCGGUACAGCCAGGUUCUGGACGGACCCGGUCCUUUAGUCCCCCCUCCCGAACAGCGGCUCUGCUGUCCGGGGGGAGGAUUAGCAGACAUGGAGUCGCUGUCCCAGCUGUCCCCGUCUGUCAGCUCCAACUUUAAACCCCAGCCUUUAACCCUCCUCUUCCUCUUGUCGUCUUUUCCAAGUACGCUAAUUCUCGUCCGUGCGCGUGCAGCCGGUGAGCACGCGGAUGGAUCAACACAGAGACAUAAGAGUGGCGCGAGCCGAGCGGCAACAGUUGCACUAAAACGGCGACUGAGUGUUUGAGAUGAUGACGGCCAGGGAGGGAUUUACCGUUUUCCGAUAUAACGGUAAUUAACCGUAAUGAGCCGAUAUUUGAUGUAGAGCUGGGCGACUUGGACCAAAAGUCAUAUUGCGAUAUAUUUAGGCUGAAUAUCGAUAUACGAUAUUUAUCUUGAUAUUGAUUAGUCACAGUCAAAGCCAAAUAUGACAUGUCACAAGUAUUUCUAUUUACACUGAAAUGAUGCUCAGCUGUUUAAAGAACAAUAACAUGUAAAUAUAAAUACUCUAUAACCACAGGAGUACCUUUGUUUUCCAUAAGGUGAACAUUUAAAUGAAAAAUAUAUCUUAAAUUAAAAUAGCCCAUAAAGUAAAAUAGGCUGACCUUCUUUCCUGAAAUAAAUGUAUUUACAUGAGAAAAGCAUCAACAUUUUGAUAACUCUAAAUGGCUGAUUAAAAUCAAAUUGCAGAUUUUCUUCAUCGAAUACGACAAAAGAAUUAAAUAUGACAAAUCCUAGUAAGGGCAGAAUUUAUAUGUAUAAAGACAGAAUAAAAUAAAGUGCUCAGUUUAAGAAAAUAGUUUUUAAACAUCAUUUUGAGAUUAUUUAUCUGUCUUUCUGAUCUUCUUAACAGUCUCAACCAGUUGCACAGACGAUGAACUCAGUAAACAUUUCCCCUCUUCUUUCUUUUUGACUCUGAUAAACAGUUUGUGCUGUCUCAGAGGACAGACAAGUGUGUCCUUCUUUGUUUCAAGAUUUAGUGUGAGGAACUCCAGCCUGUCAACAACAGCAUCUGAUAUCUGUAUCCAUAUUUGUGCCAUAUGGUCCAAUUCCAUAUCUCAUUUAAAAAUAAACCGAUAUAUUUCUUAUCUCGAUAUAUCGCCCAGUCCUAAUUCUAUGAGUGUUUUCUCAUGCGCGUGGUUUCGCAGCUUCACUUUCAAAGAAAUCAUCGCUUCAAUUAUUCUUCAGGAAAUCAUGACCGUUAUUAUCAGAUAACUAAGAGGCCAAAAUGAAACCAUGUGGUAUUAAACUACAUGAAGAAACAGAUAUGAUAAAACGAGCUGAAUCGUUCCUGUAGUUUGUCCUGGACUGAAGAUCAACAGUUUUUCAGCUCUAAACACCGACUGAAAAGAGAAUUGGUUAAUAAUCAAUAACAAUUAGUCUACGUUCACUCUGCAGGUUCUGAGGCACAAUUCGGAUUUUUGUUAAAUCCAAUCUUUUUGCGCGGUCGUUCACAUUACAACAAUGAAUGCAUUCUGCAAAUUGCUUUCCGCACCUGUUUGUGUUGUUGAACAAUGGUGACGUUUGUCGCAUAUUGAUGACGUAUAGGUCGGAUGAAGGCCGCCUGAGCGUCCACACUGCAGUCACAUCGGAUACAUUUCUGAUUUAUAUCCACAUGCAAAAGAGGCCUGGGUCGGAUUAGAACCAAUCAGAAUUGACCUGUUCACACUUAGAUGAAAAAAUCAGAUAUGUGACACAUAUGGUUAAAAAAUCAGAAUUGACCUGCAGUCUGAACGUAGCCUAAAUGUUCGUGUUAAAUCUCCCUGAAAAUUCAAGAUGGUUACUCAGCUCGAAGACUCCAAAAUCAGCCAACUGGACUGUGUAGAGUUUGAGAAGACGCUUCACCGCGAGAAGCUUCUUCGGUUCUAAAAUAGCUAGUGAGGGGAGCUGGUAUUUGUCUACUGGAGAAGGGGAAAACAACGAUUGGGAGGAGUUGGAGUGAAUGGGUCGUAGAAACACAUCUCCCAGUGAUUAUCCCGAGUUGGUCGUUAACUACCCCUUUAACGUGAGGUGUUGUGGUCACAUGGUCCCAGAGAGCCAAGAACUGCAUUGUAGGUGCCGGAGAGGUUGUGCCUGAGUCCACCUCCUCUGUUCAGAGAGGGUUUCUCCAGUCUGGUGAAAAUGGCUUCUUUAACUCCUCUUUCAAACCAUCUGUCUUCUUUAGCCAACACCUGUACAUUGCUGUCCUCGAAAGAGUGACCCGUGUCCUUUAAGUGAAGGUGGACCGCUGAGUCCUGACCUGAGGAAGUGGCUCUCCAGUGUUGAGCGUUAAGUCAACUGUUACAGAAACUCUGAGUUCCUUCAAAGGUUAGAUAAAACGGUAAUUUCCCGUAAUUAGCUGAUAUUUGAUGAGUGUUUUCUCAUGCUCAGCUUCAUGCUCGUGUUUUUGCAGCUUUACUUCCAAAGAAAUCAUCGAUUUCUGUCCGGGUUCUUCUGGUUCCUGCAGUUUUCUUCUGCAGGUUUAUUUUUGCACUCAAUCGUUUUCUUGUGCAAAGUGUAAUUCAGACACAGCUAUGCUUUCUUUGAAACUCGGUCUAAUGUGUUUUUCUCCGACCAUGAAAGUAUGGAGCAUGAAACCCCGAUGUUUGUCAGAGAAAUCUACAAACUCUUUAUGUUUUUCAGAGAUAUUUGUAUUCAGUCCAGACUUUAGGCUUUAAACGUCAAACACAAAGUACUCCGAGAGGCUGUGAAAAUAUGAUAACGGUAAUUGUUGGUGCGACACUCUUUGUUAAAUGAUCAGUUUGCUCAAUUAACCUUCAGAAAAUAGUGACAAAUUUAAUCUCUGUGUCUUUGGGUUGGUUUGAGAUGUAAAACUUAAGACACCAUUAUGAUUUGACAUUUUAGAUUCAUGAAACGGUCUGUUUGGUUCUCGGCUGCUCCUUUUUCUUCCUCUUAUAUUUUGUUUUUUCUCGGUAACCCAUCAGUGUCUAUCUGUCCUAACAUUACUCUGUCAUGGAGGAGGAGUUAACCCCUUAGGCUUUUUGAAGCACAAACAAGUCAAACAAAUGUAGAAAAAUAAAUCUGGAUCUUUUCAUACAGAGGAAUUGUUCAGUUGAGUAUAUUGUCUCAAAUGUCAAAAACAACCAGAUUUAAUCGUCUCUAAAUACCAAAACAAGCUGCUAAAGUUCAGACUGAAACCUGAUAUUAUGAGUGAUAAACUGAUCCGGAGGAUUCGCUCAAUUAGCCUUCAGGAAAUCAUGACCGUUAUCAUCAGAUUACUGAGACACCAAAAUGAAACGAUGUGAUAUUAUACUACAGAAACUCAGUUCCUUCAAAGAUGAUCAGGUAUUUUCAGGGUGAUCAAUAGUUUAUCCAUCAAAUAUUUGAAGCUGAUUUUAUUUUACAUAAAACUGAGAAAUUUUAUGUCUAAUUGUAAAUUUUUCAAUAUUUGUGACUCCAACAUAAAACGGUUUCUAACUCCUUUAAAAAAUGUUAAAUCAAAACUGAGACUUUCAUCAUCAUCAUGUAGAAGAGUUAACAGCAAACCAGUCAUGUGUCCGAGUCAUGUGUCUUCCUUCUCCUCACCGACAGUGAACUGGAUUUUUUUAAGGUUGUGGCCCAAAAACUCAGUAUUUAUCCUAAAGCUGAGAUCAGACUUCACGUCCUAAUAUUUACACUUUACAUCAUUUAGACAGAAUCUACCAAACUCUUGUUUCUACUGUAUGCUGACGACACCGUCAUCUCCUGCUGUGAACCUGCACCGGCUGAACAAAACAAAAGUAGAUUUUUACUUAAAUUUCUUGAUUUGAUUUAAAAAGACAAAGCACAUCGGUCAAACAAUCAACAAAAUUAUGAGUUAACACAGCACAUUUCUUCAUGGAAAUACAAUCAGACCGAGACAGAAGAACUACCGCGUCUGUAAAAUGAUUAAUGUGGUGAUAAUUACUUCAAGGAAAUGAUAAAGAAAUGAUCAUAAAUGUUCUUCCUUGAGCUGCGGCACCCCGCUGUAGUCUGUAAUGGACUGGCCUGAGGUCUCUCUACAAACAAGCGGCUGCUGGAAGAGAGUAGGUGAGUUGUGUUUAGUCUCUCAAGUGGCGUUUUGGUUGAGGUUUGUUUAUGGCUCCUCAGACCGCUGUGUAUUACUAUCCUGCGGUCGUUACUAAAGUUGGUAUAAUUAGAGAAGCAAAAGGUUGGCAACAUUCAUCUCUGGACAGGGUGUCUGACGCGGUGUUACAGUUUGUUUGACCCUAAAUUAAUUUUAUGCCAGAAUAUCCCUUUUAAUGACAGUUGGAUAAAACAUGAAAUUUAAUCUAAUCUAAUCUUAUAAGAUGUAAAUAUGAUGCAUUCAAAUGUCAUGUGAACAAAAAAGAAGGGGAAACAGUUUUAUGGUGAAAAACACUUUGUCAUCUCGUCUGUCCUCCACAGCAGUAUCGAUCUGGAUCAUUAGAGGGUAUCAAUAAAACCGAACCGUCCCCUAGUCGUGACGGCGGACCUGAGAUCCUGCAGUCUGGCCUCCAUGAAAGAGUCUCUGACACACUGAUGGACACAUUUUGGUGACAUUUACAGACUCUCUCUGAGCCUCUUUCUCUCCUUUUAACGGUUCGGAGUAAACAUUUGUUUAUAGCGCCAUAACUGCCGUGUAACUGUGUGAAUUCAAGCAGCAUUCAAAAGCCAAUAAUCUGCUGCUGCUGUCAGAGGAAAUCCAGUAAAUGCCAAGUUUACAUUUUCAGAUAUCCAGUAACUCGGAGAGGCUCCAGCGAGCACAGGAGCUCCUUCAAAACCAUCCAGCCUCCUCUUCAGGUUUACCGUCAGGAAAUCUCCUCGUACGUUAAAGAAAGCCGCUUUGACCUUUUCUACGUCCUCAAUAUUCAGAACUGGAUUCAUUCAUGCUGUUUAAGUUCAGAGACUCCAACAUCCAACAACACGUCGAUAACCUUUAGAGAAUCAGAACACGAUCGAUAUCUCCAUCGGUCCCUGAACGCAGCAUGUUUCAGUGUUAUGUCUGUUUGUCUCCAUUAAUGAGUGAAGGUGGGGGGGGGGGCUCUCAGGGGGGGGAACAGCAAACAUCGCCCCCCCUCCCCCCUCCUCUCUGAGCUGCUUCACUGACUCUGCGCUCAGACCCAGAGGUGUUGGACCUUCAGGUUUCAGGUGAUGGAGUCAUCAGGAUGUAAUCACUGAGAUACCCUGGGAGAUAAAGUCCAGCCUCCUUUUACUCGGAGAGGAGCGCCGAGAGGAGAAGUGCUACCUCAUGAGGAGUGGAGGUGGAGGUGUGUGUAUGUGGGGGGGGCUGUGGUGGAGGUGAGGUUAGCUCGGUUUGUUCUCACUCCUCAGAUUCAGCAGCUUAUUCUCAAUACGACACUGUAGGCAGACCGAGGUUUCUCUGUUAAACACGGUUAGAAAUGUCUGUUAGAGCUGCAGCCUGUAAACCGAAGCAGACUGUACAUGAGGGCAGUCUAGGGCUGGGCGAUAUGUGAAAAAGUUUAUCACGAUGUAUUAUUUUCCUAUCAGCUGAUAUCGAUCAAUAUCAGGAUAUAAAAAUCUAACAGUGUUUAUUGGUCAAUAAUCAAUAACAAUAAUCUCCUGCAUCUGUGAGGUCUUUGUGUCUCUUUGGCGUUUUGUCGUAAGGCGUCGCUCUAGAGAAAGCCGACUGAAUGGUCGUCUGUUUCAGGCGCCAUGGGCUCCUCGCUCCUCUCGGGGUUUGUAACCUUUAGCGUUGCGCGUGCUCUGCGGCGUGGCGCUGCUUCAGGUGGUGAAAAAGAUUUGAGGUAUUCCCCGACUUUGUGAGAACAUGUACUCGACAUAAUUUACAGUCCACAUUACUCUGCUUCAUGUCCGACCUCCAAAAACCAAAAUACCUCCACACCACCGACGUUUUCCUAACGCCAGUGUUGUGGUUGACAUUGAUGUGGUCAUCUGUUGAGCCUUCAUGGUCAUUUCUGUCGGGGGUAGCACUCAUUUUCUUUGUUUCUCACCAACAGUGCUGUCGGCUUCACCUGUUAAAGUGCUAUGGUUGGGUGUAGCUGCUGUGUGAUGCGACGCAGUUGUUUGAUACUUUGUUCUAAUUCAGAACAUGAUUGGUUCAGACCCGGAGAAACUCCCCUUUUCAUUGGCUGUUCGUAUAGUCAACCAAAACAUGUCAGAAUGACGACAAUUGAAAAGGAUAUUGAUCAUGUUUUAUAUUGAUAUUGAGAGAAAUUAAUUUUCAAUAUUAUCGCUUUAUUGCUUAGCCCUCGGGCAGUAUGGAGCUCUCACACUGGACUUUAGGGGUCAUUAGAGGUCAACUGUGCCUGAGCUUGUUACCGAUUGGCUGGUUUGUAUCACAGUUGAGCGUCUGGAGCUGAAACGUGCUCCUUGUUUUUCCUCACAUACCUACUUUUCUAAAAUCAACGAAGUCUUGGUGCCUAAUGAAACCCAGACUGGGACCACUUGGCUGGAUUAACCAUAAAUUAGGACUCUUAGAAGUCCUAAAAUCCCAAAUCUGAAGGUUUUGGGUAAAAACCUGUUGGUUUGAUAAGAAGGUUUGGUCCAUGUGAUCCUCAGAACAGAAGCAGGGCUGAUUAAUAAAUCGGAAAGUCAUGAAUCAUGUGAUAGUAAUGUUGAAGUAAACAGUAUAGAUCUGACUAACCAUACGCAGCUUAGAAACACGAGGCCUACAUUACCAUGGACGUGAUUAUCUUCAUAUUCUCUGCUGUAAAUUGACGGUGACUGUGAGGUGAGCAGCAGGAAGGUCGGCGAGGAGAGAGAGCGAGGCGAUGUGGUUAAUGAAAACGAAGGGAUCAUUAGAAUAAACGAAUGUGCCACAUCAGCAGGUGAACAUGAACCACGACCGCAGAAAAGCAGGAGCUGUGAGAGAAAACUGAGCUUCAGAAACCAUCAUCAUGGUGGUUUUUACACGGUGAGGGUUGGAGUCCUGGUGCAGGUGUAGUUCACGGUGAGAACGCUGAAUUCUUUGGAUUUAAGUCUUGGAGAGAAAAUUAAGUGUUCAUCAGAGUGUGACUGUGGUCCUCGGUCCUGAAUGCUGAUCCGGAGCUCCAAACUCUGCAGAGAGGAUGAUUUAGAUUUAUCUCACCGUGUUUUCAAACGAAGAAACCCCGUGAAGGUGAUGCUGUAAAACACGCUCACAUGUGUCUGCGUGAUGGCGUGCAGCGUUCCCUGAGCCGAUCUUUUGUCUCUCUCCUCACCGUGCAGUGGGCGAUCGAGUGGGAGGAACUGAGAGGCUGCUCUCUGUUUUGAGUUUACACUCUUUACAGAGUCCAGCUGAAGGUCAAGGAUCGAGACCUUCUCUCUCUUUUUUCCUCCUCGGUCUGGACACGCCUCUGUGGCGUCCGCUCUGUGGCGUCCGCUCAGUGUGUCACUUCGGGAAGUCGUGUUCGGUCCUCUCUGCUCCUCUGUGUUUUCAGGACAGAAGAAAACCUCAGUGACGGAUUUCUUCAUCUUUAGUUUGAUGGUUUCAGCUCCUCUAUCUCUACUUUUGGAUUUAAUAAUAAUAAAAUAAUAAUAAAUCAGAUUUCAUACGGCUCUUUAUCAGAGACCCUCAAAGCUUUACCACUUUACCUCCUGAGCUACUGCUGCCCAGCUUCCCAAAACACCUCGAAAUGUAGAUUUUAAAACAGUUGAAGUCGGAUUAUUCUGAAGGAAAGAGCUCAGAUUAAAAAAUCAGAUUUUUAAAGACGGUCUCAGAAAAACAACAAAAAUACAGCAGGACUGUUUUUAUUAUUCUCAUUAUUAUUAUUAUGAUUAUUAUUUCAGUUUAAGUGUCGGAGCAGAAGUGUAGGUCGGAAUAUUUCCAUCCUCGCUGGAGGAGGAGGAGGAGGAGGAGAGGAGCUAAAAUAAUGAACCCACCAUCUUUGUUUCGGUGACCUCCGCCCACCCUCAGUUCAGUCCAGCUGCAGAAAACUGCGCUCUAACAAACUCCUCCAGCUCCUGACAUGGAAACCUCCAUCUGUGAGGACCAGGUUUUGGACUGAAAUAGAAGCAGGGCUGUCAGAGUUCACCUGUUUGUUAUGUAAACCUUCACGGGUGUGAGGCUGACAGUCUUAAAGUCGUUUUCACUCAAACUGGAAACAUUUGAUUCUCUCCAAAACAACGAACCUGCGAAACAUCUACACAAAAACACAACCUGAUCAAACUCGGUGGGUCGAUAAUGUGACGAGAGUUCUGUUCAUGUUUUGUUUUUUUCCUGCCGCUUGUUUUCCGUCUGCGUCGCUCUCGCUGAUGUUCUGCUCAGAGUGUGAAACGGAAGGUUCUGUGUUUGAUCGGGUCGAGUCGUAAAGAUCUGACAGGUGUUCACUCUGAGCAUGUAGAUACAAGACCCCGGAUCAUAGGACAGUGUGUGUGUGUGUGUGUGUGUGUGUGUGUGUGUGUGUGUGUGUGUGUGUGUGUGUGUGUGUGUGUGUGUGUGUGUGUGUGUGUGUGUGUGUGUGUGUGUGUGACUCAGUGAAGUUCAUGGACUUGCUGACAUGGUGCAGAAGCAGCACAGACGUGUCCUCUGAGACCUUCUGCAGGGAUCUCUCUCUCUCUCUCUCUCUCUCUCUCUCUCUCUCUCUCUCUCUCUCUCUCUCUCUCUCUCUCUCUCUCUCUCUCUCUCUCUCUCUCUCUCUCUCUCUCUCUCUCUCUCUCUCUCUCUCUCUCUCUCUCGUAACCACAGAAUAUCGGCGGCUGAAAAUUGAACCGCCAACAGUCAUAAUCAGGCGUCCCAUUUGCUUGUAAUUUGAAUCCUCUGCAGUCAGACUUGUUUUUAAUGCAUUUUUAUCCCCCAGCUGUUCCCGACGAUAUCGCUGCUUCCUUUGUGUACGAGAUACCAAAUAUCAUUCGGGCGCUGCGCCUAUUUCCUCCCAGCUUUGUCUUGUUAAAAAAACACAGAGUCAAACCAGCGAGAGAUGAAGUAUUGGAGCUGUGGGUUAAAAAUCAAACUGAUUAAAGGAGAGAAAAGAGGGAGCGCUUUCUCUCCUGGAAGUGGAUUCUGCUCCUCGACGUACCGAAUCGCUGAAGUUCUCAGGAGGCAGAGCUGGACUCUCCGGAGGACUUCAGUCUGUCUGCUGCCUUUCAGAGACGUAAAAUUAAUUAAGGGUCAAACCCACCAUAACACCGAGUUAGACCCCCCCUCCAGAGAUGAAUGUUGUCGACCGCUUGCUUCUCUAGUUUUACCAACUUUAGUAACGACCACAGGAUAGAAAUACAGAGCGGUCUGAGGAGCCAUAAACAAACCUCAACCAAAACGCCACUCUAUAGCCGACUGAUAUGGAAUUUUUGGGGCAGAUGCCGAUACCGAUAGUUAGGGGGAAAAAAUCCGAUUACUGAUUAAUCUGCUGAUUUUAAAAUUUUUAUUAAGUUAUAAAAAUAUAUUUAUACUGUAGAUAUACUGUAGGCUACUGCUCUUCACGCCGACAGGAAGACCGACUGAUCAAACUCGGACCAGAAAAGCGUUUUCAGCUACCUCAGGCCAGUCCAUUACGGACUACAGCGGGGUGCCGCAGCUCAAGGAAGAACAUUUAUGAUCAUUUCUUUAUCAUUUCCUUGAAGUAAUAAUCAUCAUAUUGAUCAUUUUACAGACGCGGUAGUGCUUCUGUCUUAGCGUCUCGGUCUGAUUGUAUUUCCAUGAAGAAAUGAUCGACUUGCGAGAACCAUCAGGUAUAUCACAAGAGCUUCUCCUCCGACGGCGGCUGCAGACCAGAUCCAGUGAUGAUAUUUUUUUUUGUACGACGGUAGGGGAAGGUUUCGCCUCCUUCGCUUCUGAUUGGCUAGAAGUGCUGGGCUCCGAUUGGUUAUUCCUUAUGGCUGUGAAACAUCAGCGCGGGCUGUCGGCUCUGUACAUCGAACAGAACUUCACAGAACAUUAUCGUGAUUCUGAACGUUGGAGGCGGGACCUUCCCCUACCAUCGUACAAAAAGAAAUAUCGUGAUCCUUUAGGCACUAUAUGCUUGUGUAUUUGAUCCGCUUGCCGGUCCGGAUCCAGUGGAAUCCCCGGGUAACCCUGUUCGCUGAAAGUUCCAGGAGAUCUUCAGCGAACUGCAGGUCCAUAAUUGCUGGGUGCAGAAACACACUCAUUUCUCCUGAUGCAGUAAUUAGCUCGGAGUCUGCGCCUAAAAAUGUCACUAAAGCCGAAUAUUUCUCCAUCACACCAGCUGAUUUAGUAAACACACAAAUAAUGACUCAGUGGCUGGAUCACUGAUUGUCGCUCUAAUUGGUUAUUCAUUAUUUCCCACUGAUUGACUUUGAUUCAUUUUUACUUUGUAAACAUUUCAUUUCGAGCGUGCUGCGUCGGCUCGAUGCUGAGCACAGUGUCUCUGUUCGUCUGUAAUGAGAUGUUAGAUAAGGGCCAUGUCACACACACACACACACACACACACGCACACACACACACACACACACACACACAAACACACACACUGAUCGGCAGGUCCUUACGUUGUUAGAUGUUAUAUACCUAUUUUCAGACUCUGCUGUAGGGACAUGCGUGGUCCCCUCCUGCUCAGGUAUGUUCCUCACAUCCUCACCUGCUCUGAUGGUCUCUGUUAUUGAUUAGAGAAGAACAGGCUCAUUAUUGAAGCUGCAAGACGUCCGAGAAAAAAGAAAAGUGGAUCCAGUCCACAGAGCUGACACCCAGCAGCAGGUGUGCGGAGCUCUCUGCAGGUUCCUGAUGGGUUUGUUCCACUCUUUAAGUUUCCAUUUGGAGUCCGUGUCGGUCACUCGGCUCUUCUUCUUCUGCUCUGACCUCCCCGUGUUGGUCCGUGUAGAUAUUCUGUCGUUGAAGGUUCAACAUGCAGCUCUGAACGCUGAAGACUUGAGGCUGCACGCAGACUGUGGUGUUGUGGGUAAAAACCAAAGUGGCAGACAGUCUGUACCUCUGGGAACUUAAAGUAAGACCAGGACCUGACUGCACCAGCAGAGAACGACUGUCAUCCAUAAAUCUGAACAUGCAUGAUCAUUUUCAUUUAAAGGUGUUGUAGUCAGGAUCUGAGUUAAACUCUACCCCUCCCAACCAGUUUUCGUUCCAAUUAAAUUCAGAUAUAAUGCAGAUAAAUACUUCAGAUCAUUACAAAUGGGGCCCAGUCAAGGUGAAAGUCAAAAGCAUUGGUGCUACUGUAGAUGCCAACAGACUACCAGCAAACACGACGUCUGCAGGACUUCUACAACGAGGAUAAAGUGACAUAGUCCAGGACCCGAGGGAGGACAGUUUAGCGAUGGCGCUACAACACGCUACAGCAGGUCCGUUUGACAAGAAACACUUCUGUUACAGACACUUGUCUUACUUUGUUAAAGCGGUUUACCUGUCCAGCAGAAAGGUUACAGGGUCACCAAGAUCCCCAAGCGUCCCCCAUCGUUUAUGUUGACCCGGCUUUUUAGCUCUUGUCCGGUCUACCUCCGUUUUAAGCGCCCGUUAUUCCUCCAGAGUCUCCGGUAUUUACUUUGUUUUCUUGCUUGUGUCGGCAGUCGUGGCCAAAGGAGGAUUCAGACAAUUUUCCGAACUUUCUGGUUGGUUUCUACUGUCCGAUAUUGUAGCACGCUAACUUUGUUUGGGCUCCUGAACGACACGGGGGAGCAGCGUCUGCCUCACAACCAAUCAGGUUAGAGGAGGUGGAGAACGGCUUUGUUUACAGUCAGAAAGAGCGGACCGCUCAGAAAUGUUCAAAUGUUGACGACACAGACAUAAGAGAACACAGAGAUAUCCUUAUAUUACCAGAUGUCAUCAAUAACUAAUAACUAUUGACUGAUAUUAGAAGAGUUUUUUGUAUAAAAACCACAAAGAAAAGAUUCCUGUCUACACCACCUUUAAUUGCAGUCGGACAAAAACACAAACCUAACUUAAUAAAUGUGAAUUUCUGAAAUAAUGACUGUAAAAUAUUUAUUUUACUGUGUCACUCAGUACCAUCCUGCUGCACUGAGCUGCAGAGGGAAAAGAGACAGAUGUUAAUAUGAUCAUUUCUGCAUAAAUUGAGUCGGGUUCUGGAUCAGUCUGAACAUUUCAGACUGACUCCUGACUCCCAGAGGACCCGUCAGACUGUCAGGUGAAGUCUCAGAGAUCUCCAGACCGGACCAAAUGAAAGCUCUGAGCAGCUUCCCGGCUGUAAAUCUUGCUGAUCUCAUAAUGUUUUAUUUAUCUGCUCUCGGUGGACUCGGGGAGGUGUUGAUUCAGCUCCUGUGGCUCUGCUCGCCUCUGCUGCUGGACAAUGAUUGGAUUGCUUUAUAUUAUUAGACUCCUGUCCCCGUGUGAGGAGGGAGGACAGCGUUACAGAGCGAAGGAGGAGAGGAACAGCAGGAGGGUAAUAAUGAGAGUUUUAAUAGAACAAAGGUUGUGGGACUCGUCCUCUGUAUAUUUGUUUUUAGUGUUUCUGUUGAACCUCAGAGCUGCUGAGCGUCUCAGGGGAGCGGGAACACACAGGAGGUGUUUGCUGUGAUGAAACGGUUUGUUUUUAAAGAAGGAGGAGGAGGAGGAGGAUGAUGAAGAGGAGGAGGAGGAGGCUCUAUGAGCAAACAGGAAGGUCUCUGUGUUUGCCUAUGCUGCUUUGUAAAGCUUUUAUCCGACAGAGGAGAUCAGAGAUGGUUGUUUGUGUUCUUUGACGGUUUUUCGAACAUUGAAAUGUUCCUCGUACUUUGAAAGCAGCAGAGCCGAGGAAAACCUGGUGGACAGAGGUGAACUCAGGCUGUUCAAGGAGGAGGGCUGACAUUAUAGAGAGGGAACCUGCUGUUGGCCACGGGCAAAACAACACCGACGCUGUCAUCAACAACGAUCUGCCUCCAGGAGAACUUUGAAGACCCUUUUAUAAGCUCCUCAGUUUUCUCCUGUGUGCUUGUCUGGAAUCAUAAAAGCAGUUUUACCCCGUCCAAAACCCGGGCUGUAAAAAUGCCAGGUGGACAAUCCAGACAGUCGAUAACCCAGAAGUUACAAAACUGUAAUAAUAUUUCACCCCCCUGGUUCCCUGAGUGUCGAGUUCUUAAAUUAUCUAAUUAUCCAUAAAACAACUUCAAACAGGAAUGCUGCUGGAAUUAAUCACAUAAACACUUUCAACUGAAUACUGUGGAGAAGCAGACCAACGUAAAGAAAUGAUUCGAUUCUGUUCACUGGGGAAAAAAAACUCAAUACAAAGACUGUGGGAUUAAACGCAGAAAUGACAUGACAACCAAUCAGAUCAGAUAAGUGAAAGAGCAGCAGCAGAGGUACCAAGGGAGGACUCUGUUUACAUUUAAAUAUCUGAGAGGGUCACAGAGGGGACUCUGUUUAGAUUUAAACAUCUCAAAGAAUCCUAGAGGGGACUCUGUUUACAUUUAAACAUCAGAGAGGGUCACAGAGGGGACUUUGUUUACAUUUAAACAUCAGAGAGGGUCACAGAGGGGGCUUUGUUUACAUUUAAACAUCAGAGAGGGUCACAGAGGGGACUUUGUUUACAUUUAAACAUCUUAGAGGGUUACAAAGGAGACUGUUUACAUUUAAAUAUCUGCGAAGGUCACAGAGGGGACUUUGUUUACAUUUAAACAUCAGAGAGGGUCAUGGAGGGGACUUUGUUUAGAUUUAAAUAUCUGACGGGGUCUAGAGGGGACUUUGUUUACAUUUAAAUAUCUUAGAGGGUUACAGAGGGGACUUUGUGUACAUUUAAACAUCUGAGAAGGUCACAGAGGGGACUUUGUUUACAUUUAAUUAUCUCAAAGAAUCCUAGAGGGGACUUUUUCAUUUAAAUAUCUGCGAAGGUCACAGAGUGGACUUUGUUUACAUUUAAAUAUCACAGAGGGUCAUGGAGGGGACUUUGUUUGCAUUUAAAUAUCUGAGAAGGUCACAGAGGGGACUCUGUUUACAUCUAAAUAUCUGACAGGGUCUAGAGGGGAUUUUUACAUUUUAAUAUCUGAGAGGGUCAUGGAGGGGACUUUGUUUACAUUUAAAUAUCAGAGAGGGUUACAGGGGCGACUCUGUUUAGAUUCAAACUGAUUAAUUAAUUUAAACUGGUCCAUGUGGUAAUCAAACCUUUACUGCCCUGGAAAAAGUCCCGGCUCAUCCAGACGCCCACAAACUAAAGGACCGCUCUCGGACACGACGCUCCAGGUCUACCUGCAGAUUCGGAAAUAUACCUACGGCGUCUGACCAAACUGAUAGGUGUGACUCAUCAGGAGUGGGAGGAGCUUGAAUGUUUUCCAUCAGUUUGUUUGGCAGAAUCAAACCCAGACACCUCGGCGGGGACGAGGAUCUCAUGUAGACGUUUAUUUCGUGGUUAAUUAGCAGCUGCAUCCUGUGUUUGCGUGUCACCCUCCGCUCUGACAGUCCUCAGCUUCCACAGGGAACGCUCUGAUGACACCGUUUCUGUUUUUAGUCCCUGCCCUACUUUUCCUCUCCCUGCUAUGUGUGUGUGUGUGUGUGUGUGUGUGUGUGUGUGUGUGUGUGGUUGGAGGAGGUUUGAGGGUGCGGUGCAAGGACACGCCACAUACAGAACAUGACUCAGGGACACGUUAGAUCCUACUUUCACAAACCUAAAGAUCCAGACGAGGUUCAGAGAGUCUUUGUAAGAGUCAUGUAAAGGGUCAUUCUGCUGUUUUAGGGUUAAAGUCGACCUCUCAGCCUGCAGAAACACGCCCUCAUGUCUGCAGCACACGCUCCACGUUCUUGUUUUUGUCUCUUACAGGUUGUUUAUUUUAUCACAGGUCUCCUCCUCCCGUGAUUCCUGCCCUCUCCCUCUCCCUCUCUCUCUCUCUCUCUUUGACAGCGGGGAUGACCGUUUAAUUCUUACUGCCAUCUGAGUUCCAGUGAUCCUAAAUUACCCAUAAUUCCUAGGUAAACAGCGGUGGGUUGAGCAGUAAUCCUGAACUGGGCGUCCUGUGAAAUAAAAGCAGUGAUGGUUCUGACUUAAGUGUCUUUGUAUUGGGUUUUAGGAGCUGUGAAAGCUUAAUAGAGCUCAGUAAGCUGAUGUAAAUGAGAAGCAGCUGCUGCCUGUGGCGUUCUCCACCUUACUGCGAGGAUAUUCACCUCUAAACGUCUUUAUCUGCCGCCGCCGCCGCUGCUAAAGCUCCAAUGACAUCCCUACUGUAGAGCCUCCUCUGCCUUUCAGAGCUCCCGUCCCUGCGACUAGAACAGCAUACUGAUGAGCGUACGGCGAAGGUAACAUGCUGAAACUGAAGCUCGCUCGAUCGAUAGCCGUUUGUCCUGCGUGUAGAUAAGACAGCCGCCGUUUAGAGCCGAGCACGCUCUGUACUCCUGUCAGGAUGAUGGGGAUUGUUUUGACCUGCGGCCGCUCUUAAUUAUCAUGUUGAGAGAGAGUCUCUCCUCUCCUCCUCUCCUCCUCCUCCGCUGGUCUCCACAGAACAGAGGCCGCUCUUCAUCUUCCUUCUUCAGUCGGCUGCAUGACUGUAAUGCAGAGAGCGUGCUCGGUCAUGCUGCCGGGUCCGUAUCGCUCUGGUUUUUGUUCGGCUCUGAAUGCUGAUGGAGAGGUGGUCCCGUCGCCGCUUCACGGCCGCGCAGAUGGAGUCGAUGGCGAAAGCGGCGCUUUGCCUUCGGGUUCAACACAUCAAAAGGGAGUUCUGAAUUCCAGCAGAGAGCCGCGACCUCGGACUCAGAGGUGCCGACUUUAAUCCAACACGCCGCACAUUUGAUUGCACGCCGCCUCAGUUCAUGUUGAAGGUCAGGACCAGACGGAGCAAACAGAACUGCAUCAUCUACAGAGAGCUGAGACCUGUGUUUGGAAAGUUCAUUUUCUACAUGAACGGGUUCAAAGUUCAGUUGGCAAAUUUUAAAAUGAAGCAGUUCAGUUCAUAAUUCGACAUUUUGAACUCAGCUCACAGAUCCAAAACCACAGACAGUUUUAAUACCGAACCGACGCCUCAGAUCGCAUCUUCAUAUCCAGUUUUGAAUCUUAUCCAACCAGGGUUUACAUUAGCGUUGAGGGGACAGCAUUUCCACUUUGUUGCUUUAACGGUUAAGUAACAGCAGCUUUUUUCACCCUACAGUAUAUUCUCUAAAUGAUGUGGUAUUUUUUACGAUGGAGUCUUAGAGCCACAUUAAGAAGAGAAAGAAAUUAAGACUUUGAGAUUAAAGACUCUGGAUUUACCGGUCGAUCUACGUGCCGAUCCUCACCUAUGGUCAUGAACUUUGGGUAAUGACCGAAAGAACAAGAUCCAGAGGAGUCAGCUGAUGUGGCUCGGGCAUCUGGUUAGGACGCCUUCUGGACGCCUCCCGUUAGAGGUGUUCCAGACAUGUCCCACCUGGAGGAGACCUCGUGGUCGGCCCAGGACCAGAUGGAGGGAUUAUAUCUCUCUCCUGGUCUGGGAGCGCCUGGGAAUCCCCCCGGAGGAGGAGCUGGUGGAAGUGUCUGGGUGAGGGUCGUCUGGGCUGCCCGCCGCGAAGAUAACGACUAUGACGAAGUUGCAUGAAAUUGUCUGAAAUUUCUUUCUCUCCACGCUCCUCCCGGCCACAAAUUAAACUCUACACGCAUGGUUUUUUUUCCCCACAGUUGUAGACAGAUUUGUUCGGAAUCUGACGAUGUUUUCAUCUGAGCAGAGAAACGUACAGAUUUUAAAUACUGAGCCUCGAAGUGCGGCGGUGCGUCUGUCUGCUCCUCACUAAGACAAAGAUUCCUGCAGAGUCUGGAUGUAUCAGAGCAACAUGGAGUCAGAUAGUCUGGGUGUUGAGGAGAUCUGGAUAAUGGUUUGCAGAGAGGGAGGUCUGAUAGAAAGAGUGAUGGAGUUUCACUGAUAUUUAGGACCAGAUCCAGGAUCUGACGUCUGUGAGUAAUGUGGACAGACAGAACGUUGGCCAGCAGUUUAAAUCAUUCAAGAAGAGAGUGAGUCAGGAGUUCACCUGAGAGCAGAUUUCAGGAGAGAGCUUCAUGGAGGUUUCGAGAACUGGACCAGAUUCUCUCCAACAGAAACAGCUUUGACUGUGUGGAGAUCCAUACCUGGAAAUAGUCCUGGGCGAUAAAACGAUAACGAUAUCGAUAAUGAAUUUCCCUCGAUAUCAAUAUGAAAAAUGGUCGAUAUGCUUUUUGGAUAGUCGGCGUGAAAAAGGAGAAAAGUUCAAAAUGUUCAAAAACAAUCACAAUUACCUGCAGAGUGAACUUUUCCUGAACCUUAAAUAACAGAGGAACAAUAAGCUUAAAAAAUUAAAGAUGGGCCUUAGAAGAGUCAGAGGUCAUCAACACUAGGAAUAACAAAGUACAAAGUAAUGUGACAGUGACAUAAGCAUUAAUAUAAUAGGAAAUAAAUGAAGAGCAGAGAAGAUCGUGCUAAACUGCAGCGAACGUUCAGUUUCCUGGGCUUUGAGAUUGUGAAACCGGGCCACACCCUUGUCCCGCCUCGACCCGACGUUUUCUUCAUGUCGGAAACAUGAAACUAAUUCAGUGUCUCUGCUCAGCUGGACUCUGACCCUCCACGAACGCGGCGCUCCUUUUAAAAAUACCGUCUUGUGUUCGACCAUGACUGAGACGAUGACGAUGCUGCUGCCACAUCCUCGCUGUCAGACACGGAGAAAACUGACCGCUGCUCCCUGUAAACACCUUAACAAAGAGAAGAUGGUCUCCGGUCAGUGACCUUUUCACGCUGCGUCCUCCUGUCUGUGUGGGCCGAACGCCGGACCAACCCUGAUGACACCAAACUGUGAUUAUUACCCGGACUGUAUCAGGAGGUUGGCUGGACGUCAGAGGUCCGGAGGAGUCAGGUGCAGUCCGUCAUCUGUGGUGCGUUCACUGACAUCAGUGGUGUUAAAUCCAGGACAAAGACGGAGUAAACGGCGUGGCCCUUCAGUCCGACCCUCGGCCUCUUUGUGCUGCUGCCAGCCUCCGCUGUAAAGCUCUGAUACCCGCUGGUUCCUUGUAACAUCUCAUCAAAGAGGCUGUCAGCUGAUAAGUCCAGAAACGACCCUGACCCCCUUUUUUUGACGACAAUCUCCCCCUCACAGCUGAAUGUGCUGACUCAGAGCUCUGACACCUCGCCGGAGUAUGGUAAUAAAUCUGCUCCGAGGAGCAUUUGCAAUGUAAAUCAGAGUAUCCAGCAGAGAGCUCAUAUCACUGAGGGGUCAGAAGCUAAGGAGCCGCUCAAAUGAUUCAUAGUCCUCCUAUCAAAGCCGCGGCGUCCCUCGUACUCCAGACUUUAAUCUCCUUCAGCCUUGUUUAACCCCCGCCCCCUCCCUUCCACGCCGCCCUGAGACCCCUGAGAUUCAGUAAGAGCAGGAGUCCUGGAAAGACUUUAGUAAACCCGCCCUCCGUCCGGCUCUGUUGUCCGGGGCGACUCUGUGAUAAUUGGCGUCCUGGCUCGUGGAGGUAUUGUGUUUCAUCCCGCAGCGGUCUGUGGUGCAGAUUAAAAAUCGACUGGGGUCAAACGGGUAAUUGGACAAAAGUGUCUGUAACUGAAAGAGGAUUUGGACUGAUAUAUAAUGAGACCUCCAUACUCUCUGCUCGGCACGGCGGCACAAACUGACAAAUUAGUUUGGGUCAUCAAAGUCCGAUUAGAGCCUGAGCGCUGAUUUCUGCAGAAGGAGCUGCUUCAUCUCAGUCUCAUUGAAAUCCUGAAUGAAUAUUUAAUGAGCUGCAGACCUUUGCUGUCGUGUCUCUGACCUCUCAUCAUGUGUUUUCAUGUAAUCAGGGUCAGCGCUCAUGUUUCUGCCCGUUUGUUGAGUGAAUGAAAGUCAACGCGACACACACUCUGGAGGGUGUCGAAUUAAAAAUGAAGAAUAAAGAUUAGAGAAUUUUCAAAGUUGGAAACUUUCCACGGGAAUUAAUCUGAAAUGUACAAAACUGAAGGUCGGCCCUCAACAGGAACUUAAAUAUAGUUGGUGAAAAUAUCUUGUAGCAUCAUCUUGACUAAAACAACCAGAUUUAAUGUAAGUCCACUCCUCAGUCACAUGAUCACACAGCACACUGCUGACUGCAGGACUAUAAGAGGCCAACAAAGCCGUUCUCCACCUCCUCUAACCUGAUUGGUUGUGAGGCAGACGCUGCUCCCCCAUGUCGUUCAGGAGCCCAAACAAAGUUAGCGUGCUACAAUAUCGGACAGUAGAAACCAACCAGAAAGUUCGGAAAAUUGUCGGAAUCCUCCUUUGGCCACGACUGCCGACACAAGCAAGAAAACAAAGUAAAUACCGGAGACUCUGGAGGAAUAACGGGCGCUUAAAACGGAGGUAGACCGGACAAGAGCUAAAAAGACGGGUCAACAUAAACCAUGGGGGACGCUUGGGGAUCUUGGUGACCCUGUAACCUUUCUGCUGGACAGGUAAACCGCUUUAACAAAGUAAGACAAGUGUCUGUAACAGAAGUGUUUCUUGUCAAACGGACCUGCUGUAGCGUGUUGUAGCGCCAUCGCUAAACUGUCCUCCCUCGGGUCCUGGACUAUGUCACUUUAUCCUCGUUGUAGAAGUCCUGCAAACAUUGUGUUUGCUGGUAGUCUGUUGGCAUCAGGGAUGAAAAGUUGAGUGAAGAAUUCAGGAAGAAGGGAUCAGAAAUAUUUGACUGUAACAGAGUCUGCAGCUUCUCUAAUGGACCUCUCUCUCUCUCUCUCUCCCUCUCUCUCCCUCUCAGUGCCAUGAAUCAGCCUGGACCACAGCUGCUGCCCACAUAGAGGUCACCUCACCUCUCCUUUCCGCUCGCUUCGGUCCAGAGGAUGCUGGGAAUGUGUCGCGGGCGCAGGAAGUUCCUGGUGGCCUCCCUCGCCUUGCUCUUCAUCCCAGCGCUCACCUGGCUUUACCUGUCGGUCGGGAGCUUUCAAGGUGAGCCCAAAGACAUUUACACUUCCUGCCUUCUGUUUUCCUUUUACGAGAUAAGACCCUGACUGAACUUGGUUUUAGUUUGGUCUUCUGGUCCGUUCUAACGUUUAAACAUGUUUUCACAGGUGCAAAGUUAGGACGUCUUUGAGCUGCUGAUAAAGUCAAAGCGCUGAUUUAUUUGGGGGAGGAGAGUUCGCUGCAUUGAAAUGAGGUUUUCAGGUCCUAAUAAAUCAAUUUACAGGAGCAUCAACAAACACGCUCACACCACACCUGAACGUCAGACAUCCCAAAUUGUCCCAGAAAGUCUGAGGAGACAAAGUCACCCCUGUGCCGCUCCUGUCUGUGGAGCUGGAGUAUUAGUGAGUCACUGAGGCCCGUCCAAAGUUGAUUACUUCCUCAGACAGUUGAGUCCAGGAGCUCUCCCGGCCUUUUUAAUGACUCACACUCUCAGGAUUGAAAGGCUGCUGCGGCACCCUUAUUAAUUAUGAUUAAAUUGACAAUUUUGACUCGGGUCACAGUGACUGGAGACUGUAUAGAAGUGAACGCGCCGGCUUAAUGCAGCAGCCCAGGCCCGGGUCUGCGGAGUAAUUAUUAGAUUUGGCGGCGUGUUCCUGGCGGUGCGGGCUAUUUCCUGGAUGUGUGAUAAGUUGUGAAAGGACCUGGCUGCAGGGAGUGUCAGCCUGAGCGUGUCAGACAGGAACAAUGUGCUGCUCUGGCUGGGACGCUCUCUUUCACACUUCCUCCCUCCCUCCAUCCCCUCUCUCUCUCUCUCUCUCUCUCUCUAUCUCUCUCUGCUCAUCUGUUGUUUUUCCUCUUUCUCUCUGUUUGUCGCUGUGACGGAGGGUCUCUGGGGGGUUCAGAGCUCAGUCUGGAGGUAGAAACCUGCAGAGAGGAUGAAGAGGAUGAUGAGACAUUAAAGAUGCCUGACCACAAACAGUCCGAGGAUGUUUGGACCUUCGUCUGGAGUGGACCUGAAUAUUGUGACGGUGUUUUAUUGACCUGAAUCCUUUCUCAUCCCCUUUAGUUGCCUCACUUGUCAAUUAGAGAAGACAUGACAUUACCUAAGAAUGAAAUAAUCAUGUGACAGCUGUAGCUCAUGCGUUUUUUCACCCAGAGAAGCAAGAAACACAAUAAAAUCUAAAUUCUGAGUUUCUGUAAGAAUUCAUGUGAAGAAAUGAGUCAAAUACUUCAGCUGCUCCUGAUCUAAUAAUCACAACAGUCUUUUUAAAACAGAGAAACAAAGUGAUUUAUGGAUUAAAAAGAAAUAAAAACGAAGUAGAAAUAAGGGGGUAAAGAUUUAGUGGUUUAGAAAAACAACACAGUUGUGGUUUCACUCCGUAGACUCACCUGUCCUCCUCUCCUCCUCAAAUAUUCUGAACAUUAGAUUAAAAUGAAAAAGACUCCUUAAAGUAGGAACAUUUGGGAGACGUUUAUUUAAAACUUUAGAACAAAAUAACUUUAUAAAGAUUUGCUGUAAACCUUCAUAACCCUGCAUUGACUCUGUUAUUUUAACGUUGAUGCACAAAUCUGACAAUCAUCCGUUCCUCGGGUUACCUGUGUGACCGGUCCCUCCCCUCUUAGAUUGUGAUUGGUCAGCCUGGAGCAGCAUCACUCGCAGCUUGUCCAAUAGUAAAGGCUAAGCUGUAGACAGCGCUGGAAAACUCUCAACGCCUUCUCUUGGCUCCUCACCAGGAUCAGAUACGGAGAAAGGAGAGGCACUGAACCGUGUUGACUUUAUACUGCGUUAAACUCAGCGACAUCACUGUUCGAACUCUUCUGGACCGAACGAGAGAGAGAGAGAGAGAGAGAGAGAGAGUGAAGUGGAGUCAGAGUCUGAACUGAUGCUGCUGUGUGAUAAACUGGCAGCAGAGAGAAGCGAAGCUCUUCCUGAAACACCGAAACUACGUCUGAAAAUGUUUGUUUGGAAACAUCAAAAGACUCUUGAGCGUGUAAAAUAUUCAGUAGUAAGAUCUUGUUUUUCUGUCUUUGUUGAAAAAACACACAUGAUGCUACAAGCUGCAGAAAACUGGAAGUGACAGGAAGUUAAAAUACGCUCCAAGAUGGUCUUACCCGGAAAAUUCUUCAGCCUCCACGAAACGUUAGCGAGAGACGGUGUGUGUUAGCACCCUCAGUCAGCAGCUUUUUCUCUUUAUUUUUUAAUAUCGGCGAUCUCCUCGCACUCUCACCGAGCAGACGGAGCUGUCUCAGAGUAACCAACCAUGAACCAACGGAGGCACUCGAGUUUAAACGCUGAAAAUCAAACUUCAUCAUGACCUUCAAAACAGUCGGUACUUCACAAACUGGUCUCAGUGAGUGCGAAGCUGCUGCUUUACACGGCCUGUUGAAGGAGGAGUCUUCAACCGUCCCAGUCUGUCAGGUGUGAAUGUUGUUCUACCUGAAGGUUAUCAGACAGGUGAGUCAGUGAGCUGAGUCUUCAGAGCUAAUUUACAUCCAGAAACCAUAAAAACUGCAGACUGUAUUAACCGUGAACGAUCGUCUCAGUGUUUCUACUAACCAGCUUUAAAGAUGUAUUUAAAGAUAAGAAAUAUUAGAAGUGCUGACUCUGCGACCUUCACGUGGGUUUUAGCCCCUCCCUCAGACGUCCAUGAAGCGGGUUACUGCCCGGCUUGUUGCGGAGGAUUUCCUCCCUGCUGGGAUUGUCUCAGGAUGCCGCACAGCGUAACUUUUCCAGCUCGGAUGUCUCCUGAGGUUACGCUGAGUUUGUGAGCGGUGUUUCAAUAACGUCACCUCUAAUGAACGCAAUGAGUUUUAGCUUAAUGACUCUGGUGAAUCUCAGAAAACAAACCCCAGCUGGUCCUGGGAAACCCAAUUGUUGAAACCCGUUUCAUAGAGACGGACAGAUUCAUCUUCAAAUCCUCGAUGAAAUGAGGCGACUCUUUGGUUUUUGCCAAAGGCUGAUAUGCAAAUUUCUCCUCUUCUUCAUUAAUCACUCUGCUCGUUCAUUACUUCAUUACUCUGACCUUCCUGCCAAAUUCAUUUAAGUUCCCUUCAAGGCCCAGUUGAACCUUUCAGUCCUGAUUUCCUAAAUGGACAACACUUCUUCAUAUUCAUACGAAGAAAGGCGCCCGCUGCAGGAAUCCAUUAAUGGAAACGUUCCCCCUGGUAGCUCCAAAGUGGAAAUAAAUGUUCCUGUGUCCUCUGAGUGACUCAGGUCUUUGUGUGGAGCACAGAGAGCUCCAGCAAACCAACAAACCAUGUUUCAGAGGCUUGUUUUGUUCCUCAUACACAGCUGUCAGCUCUGAAAGUCCAUGUGGGGAUAAUGUGCGCCGUCAUAAAACCGAAGCGUGUGAACUUCCACUGUCGUCCGAUCAUAAGCCAAACAUUAGUGCUUACAAAGCAUGUGAAAAUGGGGAAUGAAACGGCUCAGGACGGCCUUUUUAGUGCUACUGAAACCUGCGAAAAGCAAUGAAAUACGCUCUGUGUAACCCAUGUGAUACCAAGCCCGUUUGGACCAAAAACAGGCGCUCAGAGAGAGGCGAGAAAAAACAGGCGAUUUUCAUCUGCUUUGGUGGUAAAAAACAGGCGCCAAAUGGGUCAGAGAUCCAGGAUCUUCACCAAAGGGAACAGAUCAGAGUCCUGUAGGAGGACCUGAACCCACAGCCCGAUGCUUCCUCAACUUCAGGAAUUGGUGAUUUGGCUUACUGAGUGUAUUUGUUUUGGUGCGGAGGUGAUCUGGUAAAUUUCACGGUGAUGAAAAGCUGAAGUCCAGAGAACGAAAAAGAAAUCAGAGAAACCCCCGGAUGAGCCGAUGUUUGAUUCACCCGCAGCUCCACACGAGGAACAUUAAUGGACAGUAAUAACAGCGGGGCUUUCUCAGGAUGAAGUUCUCCUGUUUCUAUUUCAGUCGCUCUCUAAUAUCAUCAGACUGUGUACCUGUCCCACUUCUCCACUAAUUUAAUCGCCAUCUCUGAAGGUGUAGCGAGCUCCACAACACUGUAAUUUGAGUGGUAGAGAAUGUGACAGUUUCAGGUCUCAGUAACUUGAUUUAGCUGCAUCAACAGGCUCAGCGCCGCCUCACCGGGGGGGCUCCGGCUCUGAUAGAAACACAGACUGAAGAUGCUUGUCUAUUCAGAGGUCUGCUUAAGCAGGGAUGCCGAUUACACUCAAGUACCAUCGCUUACUUCUGUGCAUCUCUCCUUCCUACUACAUCUUUGAUUCACUAAAUAACAGGCGUGGGCCGCUCUGGUGUAUCAUCCGUUUUGGAACCAGGAACCAAGUUAAAAUAGUGCUAUUUUAAAAGAUCCUUCAGUUUUUACACACACCGAUAACCUAAAGCUGUUUGUUAAAUACGGCUGAUUGUCCCUGCAUGCAGACGACUCAGUAUUUUAUAUUUAUAGUCACACAAAAGCAAAAACAGGUACAAAAGGAUAAAUUAAAAUAAAUUAAAGGGCGUCUGCUGUAAGCCAGGGAAAACUUUGAGGUUUAUUAUUCUCAGGACGCAAAGCUAGAAUUACUGACAACCCUGUAAAAUCAGGUGGAAAAACAACAAUCUGGCCCUUUGUUUACAUUAUGUGAGUUAGACAAACAACACGAGAACCCUUUUUUCACAAUUAACAAAACAAAAUACAACCAGAGAGUUCUCUGUUUUUAUUUUUUUAACUGAAAGAGAAAUGAAGGAACUUUGUUUCCAAGUUAUGUGGUAAAAGAACAAGCAGAAGGUGCUUUGUUUACAUCAUAUUUGCCAGGGGAGACAAAUAGAGCACUCUGUUUACACUCAGUAGAGGAGUAACUAGAGGGUACUUUGUUUACAUUAAAUUUAAUAGAGCAGUAACUAGAUCGGACUUUGUUUACAUUUAGCGUAGUAAAGGAGUAACUAGAGGAAACUUGUUUACAUCGAAUUUGAUAGAGGAGUAAUUAGAGGGCACUUUGUUUACAUUAAGUUUAGAAGAGUACCUAGAGCGCACUUUGUUUACAUUUAGUUUAAGGGGUAACUAGAGGGCACUUUGUUUACAUUAAAUUUGAUAGAGGAGUAUCUUGAGGGCACUUUGUUUACAUUAAAUUUGAUAGAGGAGUAUCUUGAGGGCACUUUGUUUACUUUUAGUUUGUUUGAAGAGCAGUCAGAGAAAACUCUGUUUACACUCAAUAAAAUGAAAAUGCUUACAGAUAACUUUAUUUAAACCCUCUUUACACUUUACUGUGAACUAUAUUAAGAUUAAAUUGCACUUUGUUUACAUUGUCUUUAUUGCCUGAGAAGCUAGCAGGCGGCUCUCUGUCUACAUCUCAGCUUCACCUCUGCUUCCUCAGUGUUGGUUAUCCGACACUCAGAGGCUCUUUGCACAUGAACGUUUAUUCGCUGAGGUUUUCCUGCAUCAGAAAUUAAGGAGUUUAAUCUUUUACAUGGAAUUAAUUUCAGGUUUUUCAGUGAAUCCUUCUGUAUUUGAAGAUGUUUUCUGUCUGUGUCUGGACUGGAGUGAGUUUUUAAUCCCAGAAUCAGGAGACACAUGACGUAAAUCUCAGCAGGAGAGUAAAUGCUGUUCCUCAUACAUAAAAACAGCACAUCUUAACGGGGACGCUGAACGCUGCACAGGGUUUCAAAGCAGUGUUGAUAUAUUUUCCCUGUGAAGCCUCUGAAGUAAAUUUACUGUGACCAAAGGAAGCGGCCUAAAUAUUCAGACCUGUUAGCGUCUGUCAUGAAAUCUAUCAGCGGGAACCACAGGAGGUCAGUGACCCCGACAAUCGAUCAUUUUUUAUUACUGUUCUGCAGGAAACCAUCUAGAUCAUAGCAUCACUGUCAGAGCCCAGACCAGACAGCUGACACAAUCCAUCUGUGCUCACACACACACACACACCCACACACACACCCAUCCUACUGUGCAUCAAUAUGGCUGCCAUAAGGCUGAUCCAGCCUCACAUGGGGCUGGUAAUAAACUUCUAUUAAAAAGCUAUUUAGUUAUUGAUCAAGUCAUUUACUCUGAGCAGUCCAGAGACAGGUGGAACCCCAACCUGAGGAUCUGUCCGUCUCUGAGGAGACUGUGAGUGUGUGAGGAGGAGACAGCUGCAGAGUGUGGGAGCGUUUUUACACUCCAUCCCAAAAUGCAGAGAUAUUGGAGGGAAAGUGGAGGUGGUGAAGGCAGGGUAUAUUUUUUUCAAGUCUUCAUUAAAUCUGCUGUUUGAAAGAAGAGUCCUCCUUUGAUUCACUUUCUCUCUUCACUUCCUGCUCGCUGUUUCAACGUUUCCUUCUAUCAGACAUUUCUGAAAUCGCUUUGAGUCGAGGAAAGUCUUCAGUGGAGGAAAAAGAUUCAGGAACUGUACUCAGUGUUUUUUUUCUUUUUCUCCUUUUCUUUCUGAUUCCUAUUUUUAAAGGAUGUUUUAAGUUUGUUUUAGUGAUCGUUGGUAUCAGUCCUAAUCUAGACUUCAGAUAAUUGAUCAAUAUUGUAGCUGAUUUAAUGUUAAAAUGCUCUGAGGGGGCCUUUGUUCCGGUACACACCUGUUUGUUUUUCUUUGAAUGAGUGUGUAUGUGGUUUCUGGUGCUUUUACAGCCAACCUCUAGUGGACACUUGUGGAACUGCAGUUUUAAUCGCUGCAGCAUCAGCCUCUUAUUUAAUUAAAACUCAAACCUUCAAAAAUGGAGCCCUGAAUAAAUCCCCGACGUGCUCCUGGACUGUGAAUGUUGGAGUUUAUUUCAGGAUUCGUCUCCUCAGACAAGAUCCUGAGAUUAGGGCGAUACGGGAGAAAGUUUAUCAGGAUAUAUUUUUUUCAUAUCAGUCAAAAUCGAUAUAUAUCACGAUAAAGAAAAUGAAAUGUAACUGUCUAUUGGUUUGAUUUGAGGUAUUCCCCGACUUUGUGAGAACAUGUACUCGACAUAAUUUACAGUCCACAUUACUCUGCUUCAUGUCCGACCUCCAAAAACCAAAAUACCUCCACACCACCGACGUUUUCCUAACGCCAGUGUUGUGGUUGACAUUGAUGUGGUCAUCUGUUGAGCCUUCAUGGUCAUUUCUGUCGGGGGUAGCACUCAUUUUCUUUGUUUCUCACCAACAGUGCUGUUAAAGUGCUAUGGUUGGGUGUAGCUGCUGUGUGAUAUGACGCAGUUGGUUGAUACAUCGUUUUAUCACCCAGCCCCACCUGAGAUCCUGAGAUGGUUCCAGAUUUCAUCUCCUGCCUUCACCAUGUCGUGUUUUUCUUCUCUUCCUCUGCUGCAUGUUUGAGGUUUUGGUGCACCUGGUCCCAGACUCUCUCAGCCUCUCUUUUGUGUCCCAGACUUCAGGGAGAUUACAGCCGUUAGCACAGAAUAGGAGGUUUUUUAUUUGCUCUAUUUUGAGCUUCACACCUGCACAUGCAGAAAGUUCAGUCCAGACGACAUUAAAGACCUCAUUCAGAUGAUAAAGUUCAGAGUGGAGACACGGGUCAGCUGUGACUGUGGUGGUCAGCGUUGAAGAAGGAGCCGUCAGGCGGCUUUGUCUUGGCUGUAAAUGACGGUGCAUUGUCCUCGGCUAAUGUUUAGUUAUUCCCUGUCCACCGCCGGGCAAAUCUGCCUCAUGUGUUUACCCGGGCUUUUGUUUGCAUGUAGAUGAUGAGCUUCAUGACAAACACCUAAAAGCCAAAUGAAUUGGCUUGGCUGCAGAAGAGACCAGGUGCAUCUGCCGCCCUGAAAAUGCCAUAUGCAAUCUGUGAGCGAGCAAACAAACGCUCAUGGAGUCCAGUUCUGUGGGAUUAGGGCCCAGCAAAUCCACUCUGCAAAUUAAUUACAGCCUGGACGAAAUGGAGUCCAGAAGGUGCUUUUGUUGUGCAGGAGAGGGCUUAGCGGCCCUGCACAGUCCAGCAGACCCGAGUCUACGCUGAUGCUUUAAUAUCUCAGAGCCACAGGGGACCAUAAAUCUGAAGCAGACCAAAGAGUGUCUCUUCAUGAAGACACUCACUUAAAGAACAAUCAGGAGUUUUUGAGCUUCAUCUCUGAGAACAGAGGACAGAGGAGCGACUCGCUCUGGGCUUUAUCGCCUCAUUUUCUGCUGCUCUCAUGGAGACGAGGAUGUUUAUCAGACGGCCGGUUCAAAAGGUGACCACGACUCUCUCUGUCGGCCCAGCACGGUUGGUUGUUGGCUGUGGUGGUGAUAGAUGGUAUCAUACUAGAGAACCGUUCAUUUCCCAGCGCAGAUCAAUACCUGUUAUCGACCGGUGAGCCUCUGCUCCCCCCCGCUGCACUGUAAUAUGUGGAGUUCACCGAGGUCUUCUUCGGAGCUUCUCACCGACUUCAAACUGAGAGCGAGCCGCCGAGGUCAGAACCAGGAACCGGACGGACCGGUCUCUGAGCGUCUCUGAAGAAGCUGCAGAGUGGACCGACAUCCUGAAGGUAUCAGCUGACAGAGAGGGGUCUGCAGAUGAACCUGUGAGACGUCUUCUUCAGCUCGAGUUUGUCGGGAUGUCCUACAGCUGUUUCCAGCUGAGCAGCUGCAGAUUAAAAAACACUUUAAAUACACAUUUUCAAAAUGGAUUCAAUACAAAGACCCGGCAGGGGUCUGGGUUAGAAUUCAGAGACCGCUGUGAGGAGGUGCAGCUGUAAGACCGAGCUGAAGCUGCAGGACUCUCUGGGUUUUUCUGAGGUCCAUGUUCCCCUCCAGGUUUUCCCUCUCAGAGUCUCCAAUCAGGGAAAUGAAGCUCUGAGUUUUACAUCAGCCUGAGAGCCGAUAAACAGAAUUUUAUAUUUAAAAAAAUCAACAAUAAUCUCCAAACUGAGUCUGCUGUUAAGAACCUUAUUUAUCAUGUAUAUUUAAUCAGGCGUCUCCGGCAGAACAAAGUCCAACUUCAUGAAAAUGACCUUGAGAAAGGACAAAUCGCCGCCGUUCUGGAUGCGGUAAAAAUUCAGAGGUCACUGAGGUCACACUAACCCUAACUCUCUGUGUUCAUUUCUCUUCAGCAUCUGAAAACUGUCCCUGUUUCAUUUGUUCCACUGUUUGUUUCUUUAUCACUUUUAUUUAAAGCUCCUAUAAAGAUCCACAUUUGGCGCCCCCCUGUGGACAAAGCCGUCUUUGCUGAUGGUGUCCUCCUCAUGUUUGGGUCAGACUUUAGCUUUUUGAAAUCCUCAAACAGCAUCAGUAUGAACCUGAGUCUGUGUCUGUCGGGUCAAGAGAAACUCACUCAUAGUAGCUUUAAUGUCAGCUUCUUUAUUUUCAGUUGUUUGUCUUUACCGCGCUCUUAUUUUGAAGAGAUGGUCAUUAUUCGAAUGCUCGGUUGUAUCCUGACAGCAGAGUCAGGAUCCUCUCCUCUCCAGUUUUUACUCUUUAGAUGUUUCUGCAGGUUUCUUCUCUACUUUAUAUUUAAAACAGGGAAAAAAAUCCUGAAGCUGUUUUUCAUUUUUCUUAAAUUUUAUAUUUGGAUGAAACAAAAAAACAAAAAUCACAUGAUGGAGUAGAAGAUUUGUUGUCCAGAGAGAGUCUCACCAAAGAAACGUCAUCUUCAUCUGCAGUGAAGGAGGAGAACAGCGUCCUCCUCUUCAGCCUCGAGACUUUUGUUUUUAUUCGCCGACGUUUUUCAGCUCGCUAACUUUCUCUUCCUCGAGCUGAAGGUCUUUAGACUCGUCUUUAAACUCUCGAACGAUGCUCUCACAUGUUUGGACGAUAAUAAAUCCGCUCUGAUUUCUCUGUGUCCUCCCCCACAGUGAAGCCUCUUCCUCUGUCUCCGUUGGAAGCGCAGUCGGCGCCGGUGGGCGGAGCUGGCGAGCGGCAGGCUUUGGAGCUGCGGGUGCGGGCGGUGGAGGAGGAGAACCGGGCGCUGCGCCGGGAGCUCAGCCGGCCACCCAGGAGUCCGUCUGCACGCCUUCAGAGCACCGGUCACCGUGGCAACCAGAGCCGAACACAUUCAGAGGAGGGGACCGGCGACAACGAGGGCCAGAAAGCCGCGGCGGUCGGAAACAGCUCAGACUGUGUGCAGCAGCCCGCCGUGGAUAAGUGCGAGGUGAGACGUGUGUUUGUCAUUUUAACUACACAAUGUCGGAUCUGUUACACAAACACACAAUCAACACGACCUCGGAGGAGCGGGGAACCAUUAGCAGAGUGUGACAGCGUUUGAUACCGGAGCUUUAGCUCCAUAUUCGACUAAUCCUCCUCCGCAGACUCGAGGCUGAGGUCUCUGUCUGCUGAGGAGGAUCAGGAUCACAGGAGGGCUUUAACACCACCCUGCUGAGAUCCUGCACCGAUAAAACCUCAACGCACAUCAGCUCUCAGCCCGGCUGGAGGCCGUCUGAGUGACUGGAGGAGCUGACACCCACCGAGUCUGUUUCAGAGUCAGAGUCAGGGUCUCAGAGUCAGAGUCUCAGAGUCAGGGUCUCAGAGUCAGAGUCUUAGAGUCAGAGUCUCAGAGUCGGGGUCUCAGAGUCAGAGUCUUAGAGUCAGAGUCUCAGAGUCGGUGUCUCAGAGUCGGGGUCUCAGAGUCAGGGUCUCAGAGUUGGGGUCUCAGAGUCAGGGUCUCAGAGUCGGGGUCUCAGAGUCGGGGUCUCAGAGUCGGGGUCUCAGAGUCAGGGUCUCAGAGUCUGUCUCAGAGUCUGUCUCAGAGUCAGGGUCUCAGAAUCAGAGUCUCAGAGUCGGGGUCUCAGAGUCUGUCUCAGAGUCAGGGUCUCAGAAUCAGAGUCGGGGUCUCAGAGUCAGGGUCUCAGAGUCAGGGUCUCAGAAUCAGAGUCUCAGAGUCGGGGUCUCAGAGUCAGAGUCGGGGUCUCAGAGUCGGGGUCUCAGAGUCAGGGUCUCAGAGUCGGGGUCUCAGAGUCGGGGUCUCAGAGUUGGGGUCUCAGAGUCGGGGUCUCAGAGUCAGGGUCUCAGAGUCGGGGUCUCAGAGUCGGGGUCUCAGAGUCUGUCUCAGAGUCAAGGUCUCAGAGUCAGGGUCUCAGAGUUGGGGUCUCAGAGUCAGGGUCUCAGAGUCUGUCUCAGAGUCGGGGUCUCAGAGUCAGAGUCUCAGAGUCGGGGUCUCAUAGUCAGGGUCUCAGAGUCGGGGUCUCAGAGUCUCAGAGUCAGGGUCUCAGAGUCGGGGUCUCAGUUUGGUUUGCGUUUGAAGGAGGAACGGAGGAUUUUUGAGGAAGAGCCAGGUCAGGAUCUCUGAGAGUUCGGGGAUCCUAAGAGUCCAUGUCAGGGGGAUCCUCCACAGAUCUACACGUUUACGAGCAUCAGGACUCUGUAGGCGGAGUCACCGCAUGGGUCUAAUGAGGAAUAGUCGAUUAUAUGACCGUGUUAAAUCAGUUCUAUCACGGUGAUCAGCUAAGGAGACCCUGAACUGUUGUUUUUGAGAGUCUGAGUUCUCCGAUUAUAAACCGGUCUGAAUCGAUAGUUUACAGUAAAUAUGAAUUUAGCUAAUUAGCUUUUAGCUUUCUUCAUCUGAUCAAAUCAAAGCUGUCAGGAAACUUGUCACAUGAUCAUUAACAUCGUCAACAGAGGCUCCAAUAAGUCGACUAACAUUCAUUAACAAGGCCGCCAGUGUAAAGUCAACUUAACUUAAUUUUACAAAAACAUCUUAACCUCAUUGAACUUUUAUUUUAUAGUAACUGUAAUCAUAAAAAAAACAUUAUAAUUUCAUAGAACAGCAGCAGCAGAGUGACAGACUGGGAUAAUAAACUGGUCCCAGUGAACCUGAACGUAAAGGUUGUUGUGGUGGUUUUUGGGACAGCAGGUCCAGACACGGUCAUGUUUCUGAUGAAGUUUGGAGCAGACUCUUUCAGGUCUGAAGACCCCCCCUCCCCGGAGGUUUGGACCCUUUCCUGCCAAAAGGAGGAGUCAGUGAGUUAUGGUCCAAUAAAAGUGAAAGCUCUCUUUAUUUUAAUUCUUGUAGGGCGUGUUUUAAAAAUGACCGUUAGUGAGCAGUUUGGCUCAAUGCAAAGAACAGCACUUAAAAACUCUGAGUCCCUAAAAAAUCCAUCAAAUAAUAAACUCCAUAUCUGCCCUAUUUUUAAUCUCCUCGUCCAAAUCUUCUCAAAUGAGCUCCAUUACUCUCAAACAGAUGAUCCAUCUUUUCUCAUUACAGAAUAAUAUCUGCUCUCCCUGCUUCUCUCUGAAUAAAAAAAACAUGUUUGUGAUCGUUUUUCUAAAGUACCAGGACAACAAAAAAAAAAACAAUAUUCAUAAAGAUCAUCUUUGGCCUCGGUGAACUUCAACAAACUUCCUGAUAAACUUUCCUGAGAGAGUUUUUACGGUUCAGGAGCUUCUUCAGCAGCACGUUCGACAGAAAUAACAGACUGUAGAUGAGUUUAAUCCGGGGUUCCUCAAGGCUCAAUCCUGGGACCUUCACUUUUCUCCUGUAUAACAUUAAAAACUUUUAAACAUCAAAUCAAAAUAUAUGAAAAUAUGAAUAUAAUGAACCUUAUAGAAAAAAACAGUCAAUAAUAUUCCACCUCAGGUAGAUCCAUGGAGCAGUUAAUGAGAAUAAAGGCUCCUGAGAACUUUUUAAUUCAACCAAACGACACCGAUUAGAUUUAUUACUGAGGAUAAAUAUUUAACUUUUCAGACUGAGUAUAAAAAACGAUCGACCGUUUUAAAAAUGAGGGAAUUUAAUGAGCAGAGCUGAAACCGACUGUUUCCUACAGUGUUAUUAAUCUGUGUGAUCUGUCGGAACAAACUGAUUAAUGAGUCUGUGAAAAGUUUGAGGAACUUUUUUAAACUGAUUUCUGAUUAUUCUCUGUUUAAAAAUCAGUUUACGCUCACAAUCAGAUAUCUGUGAAACUCUGAGAGCGAAUAAAGGAGACGCACAGGAGGACGUUUGGACACUUGGAGCUGAAAUUCAAGGAUCUGUAACUCAGUGAGAGUCCAACACGAUGUUCACGUUCUCUUCGAAAUCAGCUGAAGGCGAGGCGCUCAUUUCUGAUGGUCGUUUCGGCGAACCUGACCCAGAGCUGCAGUCUGACCUGCAGAGGGUGCAUCAGUGCAGCAGGUGUCCUCCGAACACGUAGGUUACAGCAGGUUAAAAAAGUCACAUCAUGUCACUCUGUGUUACAAAGUGUUGUGAUCAUAAACUGUAUUUACUCUGGACCACUUGGUUCCUCCUUCCUCCAGUUUACGGAUUUGAAGCCGAAAAGUUCUCGGUAAUUCUGCGAUUUUUUCUCCACUUCCUGAAACCAACGUUGCGCAGAAGCGUUGUGCGCAUUCGCCGUGAGAGUCGCCGAGAGUCUCUGUGAUGACGCUCGGCUCAAACAGCGUAUCCCCCGGUGAUCUACUCAAUUUCUGUCCCCCUAUAGGCUGUAUCAGGUGUCAAUCAUAGAAAACAUGAACCCCCUAAUAACUUUUAAAAAUGGAGCUGUACAGAAAAAAGAGGACUUGAGCACAAACCAGUCUGACAGUAACUACAUGUCAACAUCACAACCAGGGGGGAGAAACAUUUAUAUUCUGUGUCAUUCAUUUAGAAAGUUUGUCCACAGCUCCAUAAGGAGGCGGGGUUUAUGACCUAUACUGCAGCCCGUCACCAGAGGGCGCUGUCUUCAGAGUUUCCUCGGAAGUCAGAUGUCGGAGCUGAAAAUGAGUUCCCAGCGUUUCAGUUACUAAGUCAGAAAAAAGCAAAAUCGGAGGCCUGAAACAAGAUGGCUACAUCUACGACAUUUUUAUUUUAGUGCUCGCCUCAUAUUCGGACAAGACAAGUGCUAAAUUAACUUCAGUCAAGACCACUUUAGUCAAGUAAAUUAUUUAUUACAAUUUAUUACAAGAUUAUUUAUUAGCACCUUAUUGUUUAUAAGGUGACUCCAACACCGCAUUGAUACAGUCUGUGGUUGUGAUCUUUAACGACGUGUUCUCUGACCUUGUGUCACAUGGUCCGCUGAUGUCAGAUGAGGUCACUAUGACGUGAUUUUUACACAGUGCGGCUCAGAGGCUUUUAUUUUGAAACUCUCCAAAGGUGGGAGGAGUUGUCCUCAGGCCUUUUAACAGUGCGUGAAUAUUUUUAAUGUGCUGAGCAAUUACACCGGUCAGAGAGUCGCUUAGUUUCUCUUUCAGGUAAAUGGUUCAGAUAAUUGCUGCGAUAAAAGUGAUGAAAAAGGAGCGGGCUGUAAAAAAUAAACAGUUUUUUUUCUUUUUGGAGUAUUACUCAUAACAGCACAACAGUGAAACUUGGGGUCAGGGUUUCAUUACUGCAGUAAACGAUGUGUAGCAGACCAUAAGCUGCUGACUGGAUGUUUUUAUGGUUGAUCAGACUCGUUGAUGGGAGUUAAUAAAUGUUCCACUCUGUGAUCGGCUGUAAACUCUGUUUCUCUUUGCUCAGAGGAGAGCUGGACUUUCUUCUCUGUCUCUGUUUCUGUUGAUACCUUCACAUAUUCAUAUUGGACUUUUCUAACCUGUCCUCGUUUUCUCCACAGACCAUUCAUGUGGCCAUCGUGUGCGCAGGAUACAACGCCAGCAGAGACGUGGUGACGCUGGUGAAAUCCGUCCUCUUCCACAGGUAGAGUCAUCGUUCUCUCUUCACAUCACUAAUAUUAGAGUGGUCUGUGUAAAUGUCUGAUUUCAAACCCGUACAGUUCUUAUUUGUGGGGAUAAACAGCGAUGAGGAAUGUUUCUCUGAGCAACUCCUGAAGCACCAGCGCCUCACUCCAUGUGCAGGGGCGUGGUUUCCUGCUGUCUGAUUUUGAUUGACGGCUGGCCAGGUAGCCUGAUUUUCAACUGAGUAAAGAACGAAUGUGAUUGGUGGAUCGCUGCACAGCACACGCAGAGUCACAUGCAGUGUUUGUCAGUCAGUUACCCUUGAAAUUAGACGAGUUCAUUCGCCUCCGACAUCGCAGGCUCUGACAUGUGACUAACGCGCACACGAUGACGCUCAAACUACAUAAAGUUCAGCCCUGAUUCAGUGCAGAAGGACAGUCAACAGGAUCGUUGUGUUGCUGUGUAUGAUAUGAAUUCAAAGAAAAAGAUUUGGUGAAGUUUGGUGUGACGUCUGCAAAUGGCCAAAAUGGGCCGAAAACAGCGGAAUAACUCUUUAACCCUGUGUCUGAAAAAAAGACCAAGAGCGCAAGAUCAAAGAUCUUAUUAGGAUACACGUGCCUGUAAAAUUUCGGGCAGAUCAGAAAAAGUCGACAUCCGUGGCACUCUAUAGGGGGCGCUAGCGAGCCAUUUUUUUUCUUGCUUUUUUUGGGUCACUUUAAAACAUUGCGAUUCUCACCAAGCCCGACCUGUCUGCAAAUUUUCAUGAGUUUUCAAGGUCGUUCAGGGAAUCGAAUUUCUGUUUUCGGAGGCCGUAAAAUAAUAAUAAUAAUGAUAAUAAUAAUAACAAUAAUAAUAAUAAUGAUUAUAAUAAUGAUAAUAAUAAUAAUAAUAAUGAUGAUAAUAAUGAUAAUAAUAAUAAUAAUAAUAAUAAUAAUAAUAAUGAUAAUGAUUAUAAUAAUAAUAAUAAUAAUAAUAAUAAUAAUGAUAAUAAUAAUAAUAAUGAUGAAAAUAAUGAUGAUAAUAAUAAUAAUAAUAAUAAUAAUAAUAAUAAUAAUAAUAAUAAUAAUAAUAAUAAUAAUAAUGAUGAUAAUGAUAAUAAUAAUGAUGAUAAUAAUGAUAAUAAUAAUAAUAAUAAUAAUAAUGAUAAUGAUUAUAAUAAUAAUAAUAAUAAUGAUAAUAAUAAUAAUAAUGAUGAAAAUAAUGAUGAUAAUAAUAAUAAUAAUAAUAAUAAUAAUAAUAAUAAUAAUAAUAAUAAUAAUGAUGAUGAUAAUAAUGAUGAUAAUAAUGAUUGAGAACUCCUUGGAUUACAACAGGGCUUUGUCGCAGAGCUGCGCUGUCGGCUCAGGCCCUAAAAAAAGACUGGAUCGGUGUCAUUCAUCAGAUAUCCGAUCCUGGUAAUUUGUCAAUUUUGGAGCCAAUAUUGGAUUGGUUCAUCCCUAAUUUAAAUAAUCUUAAUUUAGUAGAUUAGAAGUCUUCAUUCAGGCCAAAAGCAGCUGAUAUUGAUCAAACGUGAUUUCUUCAAAAGUAAACUUUAUUAUAACAAGCACGGUGUCAUUCAGCAGAGCUUUAUUAUAUCACUCACAUAAGUCACAGUUGUUAAUGAGAUGGAGUUCGACGCGCUCUAAGAGCUGUCUUCCUGGGUAUCACAGGUCUAUGAGGUCUAUGUGGUCUCUGGGGUCUCUGAGGUCUCUGAGGUCUCUGAGGUCUUUGAGAUCUGGAUCAGCGUGUAGAUUUCCAGACUUCCUGAAAAGCAUCAAAAUUCAAACAGACACUAAAACACAGAAACUGUUGGUGUGAGUUAACUAAAGAAUAAAUCAGUUGGGUGUAAAUGACACAAAAGGUAAGUUAACAUGAUUAUAACGAUAUGAGAGUUUACAAAAACAGUGUUUACAGUGAAACUGAGACUCUGCAGACACAGAUGGAGUAACAGGAGAAACAUUUUGGUCUGAAGAUGCUGAAUUGACUUUAAAAACAGGAGCUUAAACAGACUAAACGGUCACUCCUGAGGGAAACAGGCCAGUCAGGGAUGAUUUUGGUUACUUAGCAACAGUGAGCGCCUGUCAGGAGCGCUCUGAAAAUUGAGGUCGUGGUAGAGACAGCAGCGUGAGUGGACAGAGCCCCUAAAGGUGUUUAUUCCACAGAUAGAUCUGCAGAGGUGAGACCCAGUCCUCUCCGGUUCUGAACACAUGUUUGGACCGUCACAGCAGAGACCCGGGUUGUUGUGAACUGCUGCUCCUACCUGGAUUCACUGAUGGACGGUCCGUCAGCGUGAGGGACGGAGAUCAUCAGACGAACACGUGUUCGGGUCGGUUCUGUCCACAGGUAUCAGAGCGUCUGAACGCAGUAGAAGCUGUUCCUGAGUGCCGACUCAGCGUGGACGGAGGUCAGCGGGUCGGUCCGAUGGUGUGAGAGAUGAGAUAUCGAUCAGUGAUAAACGGCGCCGCGGCGUCUCUCAGACUCCUCCUCCUCCUGCUUUUUUAUGGAUUUUUGAUGAAAUAUGAAAUCUGCUGUAAACUCCCUUAAAGAAGAUUAAAACCACGUGUGCCCGAGUGUCUGUGGGUUCAUCUCAGCUGCUGCGUGUGGUUCGGGCCCACGCUGUAAAUCAUGUUCAGCUCCCGCCCCGGUGAUGGAGAGUGGGACUGAUGCUGUCACACCUGAGAGAUGAGCAGGACUCGCUCUGACUCUGGAGCUUUGUAUCAUCCUGAUCCACCUGCAGCAGCUUCUAUCUACUCCACUCUGUGUUCGCGUCAGGUGACCUCACUCUGGGCUUUCUGCUGAGUCGCUCUCUGUUGCCGUAGAGAUCAUGUCGGCUCUCUGUCAGGCGCAGGAGUGGAGGAGGCGUUUACAUGAAAAUCAGUCAGGAGACAUUUCUGCUGUUUGGAUCUAAAACCAGAGGAGACAAUGAGUUUGUAGAUUUAACUCAGAGUGAGACGAACAAAUAAAGAAUAUAAAUAAUAAUAAUCAUCAUCUGUGUAAAAUUAAAGGAGCAGUCAGUGACUCUAUGAUCACACACACACCUGUUUAUGCACACUGUGUGACCCCCAACGUCUCCUAAAAGGUCGUGUCCUCCGAUCGUAGCUGAUCGUAACCAUUCAAGUUAACGUGUCGAUUUACACCGACUUCUGGAAAGGAAGUCGGGCACAGACACAAAAUAAAACAUCCGGCUUCUUUUCAAAAUAAAACACUCCGUGUUUCAGGAGGAUCGUAUUUCACACCAUGCAAACGGGCGGAGACGAACAAGUGAAAGGUUUUUAGACGUCAUUUCACCCCGAUGACACCAUGGAUGAGGAGAUGCUGAUUCUAGAAGUCUAGAAGUAGAUUUCCUCCUCUGGAAGGACACAAUCUACUGCUUAUAUGUCUAUGUGUCUGUCUUUAGAGAGACAACUCGUUAUCGUGGGAUUGAACGUGAAUCUGCGGGUUCUUGUGUGUUCUCACGAUUCCUGCUGUCUGUAAUCCGCCACGAAAAUCGCUGCCACUCCAGAUCGGAGCCGUUCCAGCUGCGGAGAAAAUUGGAGGUUACUGUCACAUGGUCUAGGAGGAGGAGCCUAAUAUUUUCUGACAUAUUAAACUUCAUAGAUGACAAAGGUGAGUUUAUAUAUGUGAGCCGUCUCUGAGGCUGGAGAAGCACGAAAGUAUCUGACCUGUUUCAGGUUGUCAUCAGAUUUAGAUUUUCCCUGUUACACUUUCAGUCCAAGCUCCGCCUCCACUCCUCUAAACCUGACUGGUUUGUGACCAGACCAGUAGAAACCGUUAUGUCUCUGAAUUCAGGUGAAGAUGGACUCGGUCCGCUCUGGGACUCCUCGGUUAGUGUUUCUGUCAGUGAUGUGAAGAUCAGUUCUUCUGACUGUACUGACUCUUCAGAAACCGUUCAUUCAAUCGAUUCGUUCAAAGGAUUCGUUCGACCUGUCGCAGCAGUACGCCAGUGAGUGACACAGCGGCGAGUUCGUUCAUUAGCCCCUCCCCUCCCCUGCUGCUGAAGUCACAGCGUCGUUCACUGGGUGACUCAUGUCGUUCAUUCGCCAAGUCCUGAAGGAAGAAUCACUCCCCUUCCCUGAAAAACAAACAACACAGCAGCGAGCAGCACAAGUCGUUCUUUUAUUUGUCGGAAAAGUGGCGAGAUUAAAAAUAAAUAACGAUGUCAGCUGUAGCGAGGAUUCAGAUACUUUUAAAAAUAUCAAAUAUCGUAUUUCUUUAAAUCGUCUGAAAUGAAUUCUUCCAGGAAAGUUUAAACACGUGUUUUAAUGUAAAGGCGCCAUAAUGACCUAUUUUAUCUUAGCCUCAGUCAACCAACCGCCGCUCGACAGGAAGUGAACCACGCUACACCCCUCCUUCCCCUGACUGAAUAAAGUCGUUCGGAAGUCGUUCGUUUCGUUCACAGUCUGACUGAUUCAUGUCGUUAAUUCGUUUUGAGCUAAUCACGAGACUCCGCCCGCCAAAGAGUCAAAAGCAGCAGUUCCACUCUUGACCGGCACGCCAUGCUCGCUGCUCAACUGAACUGAGAAAGGAACGAAUCAGGUCUUGAAGUGAUUCAGUUCACGCCGUUCACUCAGCAGUUCGGUUCUUUUAACGAAUCGUUCAUGAACGACACAAACACGAGUCUCCGUGUGGAUCUUCGAUGUUUGGAUUUUGACGGUCAGGAUGUUCUGGACGUCUUCACCUCCUCACAGACAUAAAUCCAGAGCUGAGGGUGAAAGUCUUGUUGCUGUUUGUCCAGAGGAGGUGCAGACUCCUCUCUGUGUGUAUCUCUGUGUGUAUCUCUGUGUGUAUCGAGUAUCUCUGCUGCUGACAGCCUGUAUGGGAGCCGAGUCUGAAAACACUCUGACAGCUUCCAGCCUCCAGAACUUAUUGAGCGAGUGCAGCUGACACAUUCAUUCCCAGAGUCAUUCAGCAUCUGACGCCGCGGGGCGCUCACAUCCUCGCUCUAUCGCGCCUCUAUCUGUUGACCUGAUUUAAAGUUCUGAAUACCUAUUUUUCAGGCUCCUGACUCCUCUGUGUGUGUGUGAGCGGAUGUCAGAUCCAGAGUCAGGACCAGGUCUUUGUGGUCCUGUCGGCUUUAUUAUUACCAUCCUCACCGACCUCAAACACUCGCCCCACAUCUGAAUCUGUCCCGUCUUCAAACCGAGUGAUGCUUUUCUGUGGAGACAGUCAACAUCCUCACAGCGUCCACGCAGACAAAAGGACAAAUAAUGGAGGUUAGGGUCACAAAGGUCACUCAGAGCGUUUACAGUCACAGUUUAAUCAGACUAAGAUCAUGAAUCAGACUUCUCUCCUCGUCCUUGUUUACAUGCAGCUGAGAAAAUCAAAUUAUUGACGUGAACGUGUCCUCCUCCCCAACACUAGGGGGCGAUGUGGGUCUUUUCAGCGGCGCUGUUUCCGACCCCAUCCAACCGUCAACAACAACAGCAGGUCGGUGUCAGACGUCAGAAGUGUCUACAACUGCUGCUGGGCAUUUUGGAGAAACAAGAAGAUGGAGCAUCGUACAGCGUUGUUUUUGUCCGACAUGAAGGACGUAAAAAACCACAAUUAAAAGCUUUUAUUGCAGUGGGGCAACUUCCUGUCAUUGUCCCGCCUCCCCAACUUUCUUUAAGUACAGGAGCUUACCUGUUCACUCCCUUUUUCAUCUAUGCUGUGGCCGCAGCAUGGUCGCUGGCGUCUCACACAAAGAGCACGUGUUGUGUUUCAGCGUGUAAACUCUGCGAUCUUGGAGUUUUCUGCCGUGAAAGAAAGAGGAAGUAUAACCGAAGAAAAUCAAGGUUAGGUUUUUGUAACAGACUGUAGAUCAUCAUUAUCGACUCCACCCUCAUCACAGCUAUAAAUUCAACCAGUAAUUCAACAAUCGACUCAACCAGAUGGGAGCUAACCCCAGAAAAGUGUGGAUAAGUUCCUGUUUUUAUCCAGGAACAGACAAACUUUGGAUUGUGUGGUAUUUUUGUUUUUUACUAGGUCGGAAUUAGUUGUUUUUUUUUUCCUUUUCUUCUGGACAAAAUCUCAACCAUUUUUAAUUUGCAAUAAUUGUUUUGUUGUGAAAAUGUUACUUUAAUACGAAACAUAAAAAACACACCUUUGUCUGUGUAUCAUUUACCCACACCUCGGGCUCCCUAAGAACCAGAACUUCUGAUGCCCAAAGUAGUGUUACACACACACUGCUUUUUCUGCAGAUGAGACGAACGCUACUCCUCUUUUCUGGGUUUUUUUGUUCCAGGGUUACGGGAGCGUGGCGCAUGUGCACAUGCACCGUCCGAUCAUACUCUGACUUCGCUGGUUACAUGGGAGAGAAAAUCAAAUUCCAAUCAGAUUAUCUGGGUGUCUGAAUCAGAGUUCUUAAACUCAGAUUAUAGUCGGACUAAAGUGUUUACAUGACCUUCAGCUGUCCGGUCUUAAUCGGAAUAAGGCGAUAAUUCGGUUUUCUUGAGUGUCGUGGAAACGGACUGAGUGAAAAUAUCUUCAGAUUCGUUUUAAAAUUGUCCUUUUUUUCUCUUCUUUUAUGAUCUUGAACAUUUGUUCACAACCACAGAUGAUUCUAACUUUAAUAUAUUUCUGUUCAUCUGAGAUGUCGUAUCAGGAGAUCCAAACGUGGACGAUGUUCCUCAGGUGUUUGAUUCCUGCUCUCAGACAGGAAGGAGUCCGAAACACGAGAUCUGAAGCUGGUUUUUGUUUUUUUCUCGUUUCUGCAGGAGGAACCCUCUCCACUUCCAUUUCAUCACAGACUCCAUCGCUCAGCAGAUCCUCUCCUCUCUGUUCCACACCUGGAUGGUUCCCGCCGUCAGAGUCGACUUCUACGACGCCGACGAGCUGAAGGUGAGAGGAAACCUGGAUGAUCCUCAGAGGUGGUGGUACCUCACUGCGUCAUGGUCUCAUCUGAACCCUGUUCUGUUUCAGUCCGAGGUCUCAUGGAUCCCCAACAAACAUUACUCCGGGAUCUACGGCCUGAUGAAGCUGGUGCUGACCAAGACGCUGCCGUCCGACCUGCAGAAGGUCAUCGUCCUGGACACGGACAUCACCUUCGCCACCGACAUCGCCGAGCUGUGGGCCGUCUUCCACAAGUUCAAAGGUGAGAAAGCUUCACUCCUGACUCUCCUCACAGCCUGGAGAUGUUCGUGAGCUCUUCUUCUGACACGUUUCUCCAACACCAUCAGCAGCAUGACUCACUGUGUGGGAUUAUUGGUGCGGAAUCAAUAAGUCAGAGGGCCCAGCUGGUGUGGAGGUGUGUGAGUGUGUGUGAGUGUGUGUGUGUGUGUGUGUGUUACACAAUCAGUGUUGGUGUGAGCCUGGAGGAGGAGGAGGAGGAGCUUUUUCUUCCUCGUUGGUCAAACUUUAGAAACAAAGACGUGGGACAGCUCCGGUGUGAGGUAACAGAGUUCAAACAGGUGUGUUAAAGGCGCAGAGACACGGUACGGUGGCCCCGGAGGCUCAACCUGAGAUUCACACAAAGACAAAGUCUCUGCAGGGGUGUCCUCAGGCUGUGGAGGGGCAGGGGUGAGGACAUAAAGAGGGCCCCUCUGUACACCACAGGGUAACUCUGGACCAGUCUCACCAACUCCUCAGUUAGGGAAGCAGCUAUUGGCUGUCCUAAAUGAUGUCAUCGCCUAAUUUGCAUGAUUGGCCAAAUUGUAAUGGAAGAGGAACAACGAGGUGAGAGAGACAAAAGUGAGUAAAAAAAAAACACCCAGAAUAUGUUUCAGACUCCAAACGAUCUUCUGUGGAUUCUUAGACAUCUAGUUAUUUUUAGAUCUAAUUUCAACCGUCUAGAUUCUGUAGAUCUGUAGACGGAAUCUAGAUGUUGCACUUUCAAUAAGUAUUUAUUUCAAAAAGCAACAGUGAGUUUAUAACUGAUCUCCAAGUACUAAACCAAAAUAAUAAGGAUAGCAGUUAGACCUCUGUUAGCUGGUUAGUCUAAACUCGGUCUAAAUUUAGACGUCUGAAAACUUUCAUUUUUAGACCUGUGAUAGCCUGAUCUUAGACCGUCGUCUAGACCACAUUUAGACGUCUAUUAGACCAAAAAAUACUUAGUGGGUUUGAUGUCAUUAUUCCGACCCUCCUCCUUUACCCGGGCUUGGGACCACCAGCAAAAUCAACCCAAUUGAGACGAUUUGUCAGAGUUACUGAGGUUUUUAAGUUUUGUUUGGUUUUAAACAACCAGCGGCGGCUUCCCGUAUUCGUGAUUCAUUUGAAGUAGACCGGAUACAGGCGGCAGCAGCUCAGGAGGUAGAGCGGUCGGCCAAUAACUGAAAGGUUGGCGGUUCGAGCCCCGUCCUGUCCCAAGUCUGUCCGUUGUGUCCUUGGGCAAGACACUUAACCCACCUCCCUCCCAGUGUGUGUCCUCCACUGGUGUGUGAUUGUGAGUGUUGUGGCCGCCAUGUUUCCAUCAGUCUGUCCCAGGUCAGCUGUGAGUAUGAAGGUAGUUUACCACCACCAAGGUGUGACUGUGUGAAUGAAUGAAUGAAUGAAUGAAUGAUGGAUCCGAUGAAAAGAGCUUUGAGGGUCUCUGAUAAAAAAGCGCUAUAAAACUCAGAUGCAUUAUUAUUAUUAUAAUUAUUAGGAGUGCACACGUCACACAGAACUGCUGUGACGGCGAGGACUGGGCCACCUGUGAGCGCUGUGGGUCAGGGGAGAGGUUCACGGCAGCAGAGGAGGUGAUUCGUGUUUUAACGUCAGAGUCUCCAACGACGACACAAAAAGUCGCCGGAUUUGUCGCUCGUGGCUUUUUUGAGAAUUAGUCACUGGAGGGGUCUGAAAACUCGCUAAAUAAAGAGUCAAAGUUGCUAAGUUGGCAACGCUGCUCUAGACAACAGGAAGUCUGAGAUUGACAGAGCUAGGAUAGAUCUUUAAACUCUAGAUGUCCACAGAGUCCUGUUUAUUCAGAGAAGGUCAAUAAAGUCAGAGAAACUUCUGGAAACUUUAGAGCCGUGGAAGAAAACAAAAAUGUUUUUGUAAUGUAAAGCUCACAGUCCAACACUUGUUCCCAUGGUUACUGUAAAACUUUAUUUAAAACGACUUUAGACCAGGUCACAGAAUAAACUCGUCUUCAUGGAUUAUUGACCUGAGCUCCCAGACCGUGUAGGAGGACCUGAUCCAGUUUGAUGAGCCCGGCUCAGGACUGGUACCGCAGCCGGCACGGUUCUGAACCCGCGGGGUCUUUUUGGGCCAGCCCACUCUGCACACCCACUCAGUGUGUCUGAUCAUGGAAACAGCUGCGGACUUAACGAGCUGUGAAGUGGUUUUUAUGAAGUCCAAUCAAAUCAGACAGGACUUCUUUCCCGGGCCUCAGAGGUCCGACAGAGGACAUGGGGUCAUGAAAGCUUUUGAGGGUCCAGAGGGAGGGUAAGGGGAUCUCAUCCAGGUGGAAGAACCAGCCGGUGUUGCUGCAAAGAUUUAUGGGUAAUGCUGUCCUAUAGUGCAGCGCAGCCACAAAGGUGCGGAUCAAUCUUAAUUAGGCGCUGACUGGGAUGCAGCACCUCUGCCACUCGCUCCUUUUACGGUCCGGUCCGGCUGAACUGUGGGUCUCAUUAUGUUUAAAGCAUUACAGCCGUCCACUCAGAUCCACUCAAUAAACGCUCCCGUCAGAUCACCCGAACACGGGCUCGUAAAGACGCGCAGAAGAGCUGAGACAGUGUCAGCGUGCAGCCAGCGCAGCGUCUUUCUCAGCAGGUCAUUAACUUUAUCAGGCGGGUAUAAAAACAGAGCGCACACACACACACACACACGCACGACCAUUACAACGGCGUUCAGUCAUUUAAAGGAAGUACUGAUACACAACAUCCAGGAGUUAACAAACACAGAGUCAGCUUUGGACCGAGGAAGAGCUCAAAGAACAGCGGCCCGGAUAAAAGCCCCUUCAAAAUAAAAGCUGGUCUUUGCUCGAAGGACGUCUGUGAGCUGCGGUUUGCUUUUCAGAGGGUUGGAGAGAAAACAUGAGGGGGAGGAGUCAGGAUCAGACCGUGCUUCAUAAACGCCGUUUUUAAAACUUCCUUUAAAUGUUUAAUUUUUGAAAGACUCUCUGAUCUUUUUUUGUUCUCGUGUCUUUAAUUAAAAUUAUUUCAUGUUUAGUCCUAAAAGUCUUUUCCUGAAAACCCGUCCUGUCUCAUGACCACGCUGGUCUGACCUUCGGGUGAAAGAGGAACAUCUGACUCUGUCUGCCUCACUAAAAACAACGAACUGUCCCUUUAAGGUGUAAUCCAUCAUCCUUUCUUUAAACUGCUCUAAACGCCGUUUUAAGAAUCCGAACUCUUCCAUAAACGAACGAUAAAAGGGGCGGAGCCUCUGAAGUGGUAAUUCGUCUCUUUUCUUAAAGAGAUGCACAGUGGCAAGCGCCGCGUGUCUCUGCCGCUCCUGAUGAAGGCGUUGAAAUGUAAAUGAUCCUGAGGCUCCCCGCCGCCGCCGUAACCUCCUCCUCCUCCUCCUUCUUCUUCUUCAUAUCAAACCUUUUCACUCUCAGCACGUCAGAAUCAUGACUGUUUUAUCUGCAGACAUCAGACUCCACGCUGGAACCGCCCCCCUCUUUAUUUAAGGUGGAUUUCCUUCCUCCUGGUUCUCAUGUUUCAGUGGAAUAAUUGUCUCUCAGUGUGAUGUCUUCUUCUGCAGCUCUGCAUGCGCACCAUGUUCGUCCAAUCAGCUGUAAUCGUCGGCUGAGUGGAGCUCGUAUUUCACCGCUGCUUUGGUCACAUGAUCAAUUCAUAGCUGCGUCUGUUUUAUGGAUUAUUGUUCCCGUUCGGCUGCAGGUCCUUCCUCUCAGAGAGCUCCACUUUUACCCUCCUCGCCAAGACGCUGACGUCCGUCAUUUACCCGCCCAUUGUCAGAACUCAGCGGUGCCUAACUGGGAAAUAUUGGCGUUAACCCCUCGGUUAUAAUCAGCGGGUAUUCAGCGUUCGCGCCGCAGCCCGGGGGAAAUUAAAGGUCCACUCCAGACCUCAUAUUUCAUUUCAGCCUCGUUCCUGCACGCCGAGCCCACCGGGGAGAACACGCCGACCUCUGCCUCUUUGACAGAUUCGAGCCGUGUGAGGGUGUGUGCUGAGUGGCGGAGGGCGGGCAGGUGGAGGUCAGGUGUGCAGAGGUGGGAGGAGAAUGAACAGUGUGUCGAACAGCGUUUGAACUCAGUCAGUCAGAAACAUCUCUCAGGAGAGAAGCAGACAAACAUCAGACAUUUUCCUGCAAAGUCAAACCUCUAACUUCGGUUUCUCAGCGACGUUUGAGUCCAGAGAGUUUUGAGAGUCAACUAUGAGAGUUAUCUAUGAUCCACAAACAUCAGACAUUUCUCUGCAAAGUCAAACCUGAGACUUCGAUUUCUCGACCUGCUGAGUGUUUAUUUUAAGAGGCUCCACCUCCUCAGUUCUCAGACAGAGAUCAUGAGUUUGUUAAACUGCAGCACAGUUCAAUAAAACUAUUGAAUUUAUUAUUGGGGAUCAAUUAGGUUCUUUUCAUCUCAUCUCAUCUCAUCUCAUCUCCUCUUGUCUCAUCCCGUCUCAUUAUAUAAUCAUGUCUUGUCUCUUCUCUUCUCUCCUCAUCUCAUCUCGUCUCUUUUCUUCCUGUCUCACCUUGUCUCCUCUCAUCUAAUCUCCUCUGGUCUCAUCUCGUAUCGUCCAGUCUCAUGUUAUCUCAUCUCCUCUUGUCUUAUUUCGUCUCUUCUCUCCUGUCUCACCUUGUCUCUUCUAAUCUCUUCUCGUCUUAUUUUGUGUCUUCUCAUCUCUUCUCAUCUCAUCUAAUCUCCUCUUGCCUCAUUCUGUCUCAUCUUAUCUUGUCUCGUCUCCUCUCAUUUGAUCUCUUCUUGUCUCUUCCUGUCUCACCUUGUCUCAUCUCUUCUCAUCUCAUCUCAUCUUGUUUCAUCUCGUCUCUUCUCAUCCCGUCUUAUCUCAUCUCCUCUCCUCUCGUCUUAUCCCAUCUCGUCUCAUCUCUUCCUGUCUCAUCUUGUUUCAUUGUAUCUCAUCCAGUCUUAUCUUGUCUCGUCUCCUCUUGUCUUUUCCACUCAUCUUAUCCCAUCUUGUCCCUUUUCUUCCUGUCUCAUCUUGUCUCAUCUUGUCUCAUUUCGUCUCCUUUUCUCUCAUCUCGUCUCAUCUCAAACAGCAGCAGUUUUUUGUUGUUGUUGUCACGUUCUCAGUUUGAUUGUUACCUCAGUUGGACUCAGGGUGGCGCUCUAACGUGGUUAAUUCCUUAAUCGUUGCCUGUUUUCAUGAUGAAAUCCUCAUUUUCUCCUCAGUUUUUCUUUUUUCCUCUCAAACCUUCGGCCUUCUGUCUCCUAACAAAUCUGUUUCUUAUUUUUCUUUUUCAAACUUUAUCUGACGACUUCAAACCGGCAGCAGAGGCAGACGGGGAAACGUUAUGAAUAAUUUGCGAGGCCUUCUUCCCGCUGAUGGGAGCGUCGAAGCAGAGAGCGAAACAAUGUUCGGUGUUUUCAUGUUUGGUUUUUCAGGACUGUGUUUUUUUCUGGGGGAUACCUCGGGGGGAUUUGGGUUGGAGCUAACUCUCCUGUAGUCUGCAGUUCUUGCGUGCAUUCAUGCUUCAAAACCUUUUUUCCAAAUGAUCCGUCCUGACUCUGAAAUAUCCUUCUGUUCAGCCUACUGUACACUGAACCUUUCUGCAAGGCUCUGCUGCUCCUCUGAUGGAGCGUCUAUGACCUGAAAUCCUCCCAGUGUAACCAGUUUGUACGGCGUAGUCUCAGCAGCAACAUUAGAAGAUAAAUCUGAAGAAAACCUCCAACAUCAGUCCUAGAAACCAGUCUGUGGUUUGUGUUUAGAGUGAAACACCAACAUGGAGACUUGAGACUGUCAGAGAUGAUGAUGCUGAAGGUGGUUCUGACCUCUGUUUAGAUAAAUAAAAGAUCAAUACUUCAGAUCAUUACAAAUGGGGCCCAGUCAAGGUGAAAGUCAAAAGCAUUGGUGCUACUGUAGAUGCCAACAGACUACCAGCAAACACAAUGUUUGCAGGACUUCUACAACGAGGAUAAAGUGACAUAGUCCAGGACCCGAGGGAGGACAGUUUAGCGAUGGCGCUACAACACGCUACAGCAGGUCCGUUUGACAAGAAACACUUCUGUUACAGACACUUGUCUUACUUUGUUAAAGCGGUUUACCUGUCCAGCAGAAAGGUUACAGGGUCACCAAGAUCCCCAAGCGUCCCCCAUGGUUUAUGUUGACCCGGCUUUUUAGCUCUUGUCCGGUCUACCUCCGUUUUAAGCGCCCGUUAUUCCUCCAGAGUCUCCGGUAUUUACUUUGUUUUCUCGCUUGUGUCGGCAGUCGUGGCCAAAGGAGGAUUCAGACAAUUUUCCGAACUUUCUGGUUGGUUUCUACUGUCCGAUAUUGUAGCACGCUAACUUUGUUUGGGCUCCUGAACGACACGGGGGAGCAGCAUUUUCUUGUUGACUGUUUUCUUGUUGACUGUUUUCUUGUUGACUGUUUUGAUGUUGACUGUUUAUGGUUGACGUUUUCUUGCUGACUGUUUUCUUGUUGACUGUUUUGAUGUUGACUGUUUAUGGUUGACGUUUUCUUGUUGACUGUUUUCUUGUUGACUGUUUUCUUGUUGACUGUUUUGAUGUUGACUGUUUUGGUGUUGACUGUUUUCUUGUUGACUGUUUUCUUGUUGACUGUUUUGAUGUUGACUGUUUAUGUUUGAGUGUUUUCUUGCUGACUGUUUUGUUGCUGACUGUUUAUGUUUGAGUGUUUUCUUGCUUGUGUCGGCAGUCGUGGCCAAAGGAGGAUUCAGACAAUUUUCCGAACUUUCUGGUUGGUUUCUACUGUCCGAUAUUGUAGCACGCUAACUUUGUUUGGGCUCCUGAACGACACGGGGGAGCAGCGUCUGCCUCACAACCAAUCAGGUUAGAGGAGGUGGAAAACGGCUUUGUUUACAGUCAGAAAGAGCGGACCGCUCAAAAAUGUUCAAAUGUUGACGACACAGACAUAAGAGAACACAGAGAUAUCAAUAUAUUACCAAAUAAUCAAUAACUAAGAACUAUUGACUGAUAUUAGAAGAGUUUUUUAUAAAUACACCACAAAGAUGCUUCUUUCUCCCGCCUACCCCACCUUUAACCAAGCGACCCCCAUCCUCGACGCUGCAAACCGUCCUCUCAGAAAAUCAGCUGCAUGUGACUCCUGAAAGGAACAAAAAAAUUAAUGGAGGAAUCUUCUCAUGUGGAGGAAGAUUAAUGUGCCAAUACCACAGCCUGAAUCAACUCUGUGCAUAAUGAGCGCUGUUGACGACUCAGUGAGUCUGAGAGGUCUGAGAGUACGGAGAGCUUUCAUUUCACGGAGGAAGGAAGGAAGUGUUGGAGGCAAACAGGACUCAUGAAUAGGACUCAUCAUGCAGGAACACUCAGGCUCUGAAUCCACAUCUCUCCUGACACACUAAUGCAUACGUUUAGCUAACACGCACACGUGAGCGACUGCCGGGCUGCCUUUGCUUUCAUACGCCUCCAUGCUGCCUCACAGGCGGAUGACCACACCUGUCUCCACAAAGACGAGCGUUAGACAGGAUAAUCUGUUCAUCAGUGUAACAUAAGAUACAGAGGAGAGGAGCUGCUACACCCGCCGACUCGGUGAGUUUACGAAUAUGACAGGACAGAGGAGAUGAUUUUACAUCCUAAAGAAACAUGAAAACACCGAGCAAUAAAGAGUCGACACGUCCUUUUGUUUAUAAAGGAGCUAAAACUGUUUUUUUUUUUCUCCUGUAAAUACGGCGGUGAAGUUAGUUUCAGGUUGGAUAUAUUUUCCUGUAAAUACGGCGGUGAAGUUAGUUUCAGGUUGGAUAUAUUUUCCUGUAAAUAUUCCAGUGAAGUUAGUUUUAGGUUGGAUAUAUUUUCCUGUAAAUACGGUGUUGAAGUUAGUUUCAGGUUGGAUAUAUUUUCCUGUAAAUACGGCGGUGAAGUUAGUUUUAGGUUGGAUAUAUUUUCCUGUAAAUACGGCGGUGAAGUUAGUUUUAGGUUGGAUAUAUUUUCCUGUAAAUACGGCGGUGAAGUUAGUUUUAGGUUGGAUAUAUUUUCCUGUAAAUAUGGCGGUGAAGUUAGUUUCAGGUUGGAUAUAUUUCCUGUAAAUAAGGCGGUGAAGUUAGUUUUAGGUUGGAUAUAUUUUCCUGUAAAUACGGCGGUGAAGUUAGUUUUAGGUUGGAUAUAUUUUCCUGUAAAUACGGCGGUGAAGUUAGUUUCAGGUUGGAUAUAUUUUCCUGUAAAUACGACGGUGAAGUUAGUUUCAGGUUGGAUAUAUUUUCCUGUAAAUACGGCAGUGAAGUUAGUUUCAGGUUGGAUAUAUUUUCCUGUAAAUACGGCGGUGAAGUUAGUUUUAGGUUGGAUAUAUUUUCCUGUAAAUACGGCGGUGAAGUUAGUUUCAGGUUGGUUAUAUUUUCCUGUAAAUACGGCGGUGAAGUUAGUUUCAGGUUGGAUAUAUUUUCCUGUAAAUACGGCGGUGAAGUUAGUUUUAGGUUGGAUAUAUUUUCCUGUAAAUACGUUGGUGAAGUUAGUUUCAGGUUGGAUAUAUUUUCCUGUAAAUACGGCGGUGAAGUUAGUUUCAGGUUGGAUAUAUUUUCCUGUAAAUACAGCGGUGAAGUUAGUUUCAGGUUGGUUAUAUUUUCCUGUAAAUACGGCGGUGAAGUUAGUUUCAGGUUGGAUAUAUUUUCCUGUAAAUACGGCGGUGAAGUUAGUUUUAGGUUGGAUAUAUUUUCCUGUAAAUACGUUGGUGAAGUUAGUUUCAGGUUGGAUAUAUUUUCCUGUAAAUACGUUGGUGAAGUUAGUUUCAGGUUGGAUAUAUUUUCCUGUAAAUACGGCGGUGAAGUUAGUUUCAGGUUGGAUAUAUUUUCCUGUUAAUACGGCGGUGAAGUUAGUUUUAGGUUGGAUAUAUUUUCCUGUAAAUACGGCGGUGAAGUUAGUUUCAGGUUGGAUAUAUUUUCCUGUAAAUACGGCGGUGAAGUUAGUUUUAGGUUGGAUAUCUGACGGACAUUCUCUGAGGAUCUACCGGUGUCUUCUCACUCUCCAUAACCGGGAAUAACAACAGCAGCGCGGUUAAAUCUAUUCGACACCCUCACUUUCAACAUCGGUGUUGAAUAAGGGACCGUCAAUAAAUUACCGGUUGAUGUUCUCAGAAAAGGCUGUUUUCCUUCAAUAGCUUCACUGUCAUGUGACCAAAAGACCUAAAACUGAUUUCUAAUAAUAGUGCUAAGGUCGAUCAAUAAGACAAACAUUAUUGAUCAAUUUUCUUUGUUCCCCUAAAGUUCUUUGUGCUCCUUGUGAACAAAGUUAGAGUCAAACCCUGCUGACCCGAGUUUGAAUGCAGUGACUGACCCGUCAUCAUCUCACCAUGAGGUGUUCAACAUUCAUGGAUGAUCAUCUUUCACUCCCGUCCAUCAGAACCAGAACGCCUCCUGCAGAUUCUGCCCGUAAUCAUGUUGACAGAGAUCCAACCCUUAUCUGGACUCUGAGGUCUUAUCAGCAUGUUGUGGAUAAUCAGGUUGACGCUCAGUCUUCUGUCUCUUCUGUUUUCUCUGCCGCUGUGAUGAAGAUGAGCACUCUUCAUCACCAUGCCUCUGUGUUUCCUCAGUUAAUAUUAGUCCUUUAAGAGCGCCGCUGACACCUGGAUGAAAGCGUCUGUUUUUUCAGCUCGUCCUCUCUUUGUUUUAACCCUCGAUAAUCUGAGCGCAGAGAUAGACGAGUGUUGCAGGCGGAGAGAAACUCAACCUUAUCAGCGCGCGAAGGGGGACCUGGCGUGAUAUCGUUUUGAUUGACAUGAGCAGUAAUUGGCCAUCAGUGUUGUGAUGAAGUCUUUGCAGAGAGCUGCUGAGCUGGAACACGACUCCGACACGCAGACUGUAUCCUGCAGACCGCGGCGUUGGCUCCCCCCCCCCUCAGCGGUCAGUUUGACAAAGAGCCGCACUAAAUAAACUGUCAGGGCCGCCGCACAGUCCCGACUUAUAGGAUCGACUCCAGAGAGCGCUCUUCUUUUUUAAGAGCAGCUCAUAUAUGUGCUGCGGCUACAGUUUACAGCCCGUCUGAGCAGGUGAAGAAGCUCCAGGAGCAGUUAAAGUCUGAAGAAUUACUCUUUUUAUCUGGACAGAGCGCUCGCUCUUUGGAGGAGGUCACGGCGUUUGAUAUUUAGAGGAAAUGAUGAAAGCCUGCAGAUGAGAAAGCAAGAUAUCUGGACAUCAAAAGAAAGGACAAUUUACAUGAAAGCAAGAGCCAAAAGGUCUGCUUUCAUGUUUGCAUCUGAUGAAACCACAAAUGAGACCUUCGCACAUUUCACCGUUUUGAAAUUCAGACUCCAAAGAGAACCCGUGCAAUCCUCCUCAACCUCCACGGCGCCAGAACUUCAGCUGGAUCCACGCCGGAGCGAGUUUUUACCUGCUGGGGUUGUUUCAGGUUCAGUCUCUGUAGGCGGGUCGCUCUGUGUCGAGGAGAAGUUCAUAAAAACAUCUUUAACACAGAGAAGGAGAACUGAGUCUGAAUCUGUGUCACAUGACCGUAGAACGUAAACAUGCACACGCUAACACCGUCCCAGAUACCAAACAGGAAACAAAAGAUUAAAUAAGACGGAUAUAAGACAGAGUCUGUGAACGCAUCGAGAUUAUUCAGACGUCUAAAAUAAUAGAGUUUGACCCUUGAUCCCUCAGAACACCUACAUCACAACCACCUACCUCCACCAGCGCCAAAACUACCUCCACCUGCCCACAGUGCCAAAACUACCUCCACCUGACCAAAACUACCUCCACCUGCCCACAGUGCCAAAACUACCUCCACCUGACCAAAACUACCUCCACCUGCCCACAGUGCCAAAACUACCUCCACCUGACCAAGACUACCUCCAUCUGCCUACUUAAUCAAAACUACCUCCACCUGACCAAACCAUCUCCAACUGCCAACAUCAUCAAAACUACCUCCACCUGCCCACAGCACCAAAACAACCUCCACCUGCCCACAGUGCCAAAACUAGCUCCACCUGCCAACAUCAUCAAAACUACCUCCACCUGCCCACAGCGCCAAAACUACCUCCACCUGCCCACAGUGCCAAAACUAGCUCCACCUGCCCACAGUGCCAAAACUACCUCCACCUGCCCACAGCACCAAAACAACCUCCACCUGACCAAAACAACCUCCACCUGACCAGAACUACCUCCACCUGCCCAAGACUGCCUCCAUCUGCCUACUUAAUCAAAACUACCUCCACCUGCCCACAGCAUCAAAUCUACAUCCGCCAGCCCACUGCGUCAAAACGACCCCCACCUGCUCAAAACUACCUCCACCAGCAUAAAACCACCUUCACCUGCCCACAGCGUCAAAACUACCUUUACCUGAACAAAGCCAUCUCCACCUGAACAAAAUCACCUCCACCUGCCCACAUAAUCAAAACUACCUCCACCUUCCCACUCUGUUAAAACUAUAUUUUUUUAAUUUCGUUGUAAGCCUCAUACAAUGACAAUAAAAAGUCUGAGUCUUCCUCCACCUGACCAAAACCACCUCCACCUGCCCACAGCUCCAGCCCUGUCAGAGGUCAUCUCCAUAAACGCCGCUCACACACAGAGUAAAUCACCUUUAAGUCUCUCUUUUCAGACCUUCUGCUUCAGUUCCUGUUUCCCUAAAUCCACUUCCUCUGUGAGUCGUUUCAGAAAUAACAUAUUUACACAUCCGCUCGCCGUCGCCUUUGUAAGUGUGGUGAGGUACAGAGAGUAGAAGAAGAAGAAGAGGGAGGAGGAGGAGGAGAGGCAGUGACUGCUCAGGUGAUUGAUGAUGUGAGGCUGUGCAGAUGAAGGUUAGAUCUGUAGAUGGUCUCCAGGGAGUCAGCGUGGCCUCAGGAGCCUGUAAAGUGUUGAAUUAUGAAAAUUUCCUCCUCGGCUGCUUCAGUGGAAACUUAAUCCUUCACUUUGGUGGGUAUUAAAAGUUAACCACGCUUCCCCGCGAGUAUUCCUCCCUGAAUCCGGCGGUCUGAGAGCGAGUCUCUGCAGCUGGUUUCUGUUGUUUCAGAGCAGAUUCAUAAAUAAAGCCGUUACAGAGCGUCCUGGUGUCGUCGUUAGUAUGCAGAGCGCGUCAGCUCUAAUGACAGAAGUGGGUCACCCUGCUCUCCACCAUGACUUCAUCGCCUCUCCCAUCCCCCUCCUGUUAUCCUGGGCGAUGAUGGCAGACAGUGUCUUGGCAGAGUCACCUGCAGACCACCUGUCCUUGGAUUAAAGACACUUUAGUUUAUUACAGAUCUCUAAAAGCAUCAGACGUCAUUUUUGUCUUCUGGGGCGGCUCAGACUUCCUGUGACAGAGAUGCUUUUUAGCUGAUCACUCUGCGCUCAAGGACACGGAGACGUGAGAGGGACCGUCCUCAGAUUCAGAUUCAGACACAUUUAUCUGUCCCCAAUGGGCCAUUCGGUUUUUACGGCCAGCCAAGAAUCAUCAAUAAAUCAGGAAACCAAACACAGCGAGCAGCAGUGUUCAGACAACAGAACCACAGAGCCGGGUCGGAUCACAAUCACAGGUUGAUGAGGAACCGGAUCAUGAAAGGAGACGAAUCAUGGUGUCAGUGAUGUCCACAGGUUAGAGACGGUCCCUGAAACCUCUGAGUGACGUACGAUCAACCAUGAAACUGAGACCCACUGAGAUGAAGAGUAAGUCCAAACAAAGACGCUUUCGAACUUUUACAGGGAAACUGAGACUCAUCAGGAGAAGACAGAUGAAGCAAACCAGAGGGAAUCAUCUGUUAAACUUGACAUUUACAGUCAAACUGAGACUCAGCAGGUUCACAAUGUUUUUCUGAUAAUACAGCUGUAAGACAUCAGACUCAGACCGCUGAAGUAAACCAGAGUGAAGCUAUUGAGCAGUUUACAGUCAAACUGAGACUCAUCUGGUUCAGUGUGCCCUGUUUUCAGAAGCCCCUGUGUUACUCACUUUUUACUGUGAAACUGAGACUCUUAUCGGUGACUGUCUUACUAACGGUGAAACUGAGACUCAUCAGGAGAAUACAGAUGAAGCAAACCAGAGGGAAUCAUCUGUUAAACUUGACAUUUACAGUCAAACUGAGACUCAGCAGGUGCAUAAUAUAUAUAUAUAUUUUUUAAACUUUAUUUCUAUCUUUUAAGGCAAACUUUCAAACAUACACGCAAAUACUGUACAAAACAAAACAAAACAAGAACACGAACAAGGGGGGCAAAUACUACUCAGAUACAUACAGGUGCCAUUUAGUCCAUCUUACAGCAUAUAGCUCAGCUUUAAUUCGUAGUCUGUAAGUCAUUUGUUCCAUUGAUCGGAUUUCCUCUACAAUGGUCAGCCAGUCACUCAGUUCAGGUGGAUCAGUUCUUAGCCAAGUUCUUGUGAUGGCUUUCUUAGCUGCAAGAGAUAGGAUCUUGAACAGGUAUAUGUCCUCUUUACCCAUUACAUCUUCUAAUAUCAGUCCAAGAUAAAUAAACCGGGGAUCUUUGGGUAAAUUAUAUCCAAAAACUUUACCCAUGACUCUCAGGACCUCAUCCCAAAAUGUCUGUAUUUUCGUACAUGACCAAAAUAUAUGAGAGUGGUUGGCCUUCAGUUGCCCACAUUGUCUCCAACAAUGCUGUUGUUGACCUAAUUGUUUAUUUUUGAUUUUUGGUGUAAUAAAUAGACGUGUCAAAUUUUUCCAACCGAACUCCCUCCAUGUUUUAGAACUUGUUGAUGUAUGUUGGGUCUUGAGCAUGGUCUGCCAAUCACUCUCAGAUAACUCAGCAGGUUCAUAAUAUUUUACUCAUAAUAUCUCAUCAGACUCAUCCUGCUAAAGUAAUACUGUUAUUAUUGCUGUUUACACUGAAACUGAGACUCUGUGGGUUCAUACUGGUGAAGUAAACCGGAGUGAAGCUGCUGAGCAGUUUACAGUCAAACUGAGACUCGUCUGUUUUCAGUGGUCUCUGUAUUACUCAUUAUUUACAGUCAAACUGAGACUCAGCAGUUUCAUGAUGUUUUACUCAUAACCCGUCAGACAGUCACUGCUGAAGUAAACUACAGUGACGUCUCUGUGGACCUUACCUUAAUGUUAUUAUUACUGUUUACACUGAAACUGAGACUCUGUGGGUUCAUACUGGUGAAGUAAACCAGAGUGAAGCUGCUGAGCAGUUUACAGUCAAACUGAGACUCGUCUGUUUUCAGUGGUCUCUGUGUUCCUCAUUAUUUACAGUAAAACUGAGACUCUCAUCCCAGACUGUUGCUCCUGAUACGAAUCAUUUCAACCCCCUGAGAAUCACAGAGUCCAGGUUUCCUUUGUGAUCAUGGAUCUGGACCUCAGGGUUGAGUCCUGACACUCAUGAUAUAAUCCGGUUUAGCUCAGUAUGGAGGUGGUCUGAGACUAAUAGGAGUCUCCACAUGAACCCGUGUAAUCACAGUAAGAGCCUCCUGGAGUUCCUCUCUCUCUCUCUCUCUGUUUGUUUGGGGCAUUCGGAGGAUGAAGCCGUGGACUGUACGUCGCUCUGCUGCUGCUGCUGACCUCGGCAUCAUCUGUUUGUGGAUCAGCAGCUCUGACUCAGCAGGAAAAACUCCCCCUGAUCUCCUGGUACCCCCACAGCUAAUUUAAGAACCACUCACUCGCUCCAGCUCCUGAUGCAUGCUGGGAAAACGACUGUGCACGGCCUGAGGUUUGCUGUGUUCGUGUUAUUUAGUCCAGCUCUGUAAAGCGGGCUGUCGACAGUAAACAGCAGGUUUGGCUUUAUUCCUGCAGACGGUAAAUCACAGGAUCAAUAAGAGCCGAACAGAGGGGUGUGAGUGAAUCUGCUGCAGAGGAAAACCGCUCAUUCUGGGGCUUUUAUUUUGAAGGGCUGUGUUCUUCUAUGGGGUAUUAUUCUCAUUUAAAUCUGCUCCUUCUUCUCCUCUUUGGGCUAAAACAGAGUCCAUCUGUAUAUAUUGAUUGUAUCUCUGUCUCUUGCCGUCAUGGCUCCCUGACCUGGAACCGCAGUAUCUGACUGUUUUGGAGAAAGCUGACGGUUCGAGCUCCACGCUCUGUUGUUCACGGGUUUUUCUCCGAGUGAAUGUUUGGAUUAGGGAAAGAUUUUGGUAAGAGAGAGCAGCUUGGCAGGCUGAAAGUGUGUGUUUGUGAUGUUUCGCUGGAACACAAGCGCUGACAUUAAUCAUGAUGGAGAGGAUAACUUUCAGGAGUUUCUCUGGGAUUAAAAACCCCGCAGAUAUUUAAAGUUUCCAAACAAGUUUUCAUGGAGAGACGUAAAACCGACUCCCCUCAGCUUCACUAAGCAUUAACGGUGAUUUCAGCAGGCAGCUGUUUCUGCUGAUAACGCUGCAAUAAAUCAACUGUAUACCACCUUUGAUACGGCAGAGAGUUGAAGUCUCUGAUUGGUCAUUGAACAAAGUGAAAUGUUGAGUUCAAGAGUCUUUAUUCUCCUCAUGAGUCAGUAAAGAGCUGAAAUAAUACAAACGUUAUCAAAAGGUUCCAGUUUUCAGUGUAAGAAUAAAGUUUAACUGGAGGUUCAAAGUUUUCUUUAUUUCCAUUUAUUCAUGUAAAAACACCGUCUGUGCUCCUAAAGACAGACUUAAAGGUGGGGUAGACAGGAAUCUGUUAAAGAAACAUCUUUUUAUUUUGUGGUGUAUUUAUAAAUAAUCUUCUAAUAUCAGUCAAUAGUUAUUAGUUAUUGAUUAUUUGGUAAUAUAUCGAUAUCUCUGUGUUCUCUUAUGUCUGUGUCGUCAACCUUUGAACAUUUUUGAGCGGUCCGCUCUUUCUGACUGUAAACAAAGCCGUUCUCCACCUCCUCUAACCUGAUUGGUUGUGAGGCAGACGCUGCUCCCCCGUGUCGUUCAGGAGCCCAAACAAAACUGGAACUCCUCAGAUCCUGACUACCCUACCUUAAACUAUGUUGACAUUAAAUCUGCUGUUUUUUAGAUGUGAGCGUCGUCUAAACUCAGUAGAUGUUAAUAUUUUCUGUGUCCAAAAAAGCCUGAAAAGUUCCUCCAACUGUCCGGCUACACUGCUCACGCUGACCUGAAAAUAUCUCAUGUUUUAACCCGAACUUUUCCCAUCAGCCCUUCAACAGAGUUAAUUUGGCCAAAAAUGUUCCUGAAUUUACUCCACAAAGAAGAAAAAACAGCCAAAGCUCAUUUCUUCACACCUUCAUUAACGACCAAUUAAACACCAAAACCCAGACCACUUAUUAUCAAUCUGAUCAUGGGCUGAGAGACGGCACUGACCUGCAGUGAGGGGGCGGAGCUGAGAAAGAUCCCCGUUUAUAGACAGGAUGAUAAUUUUAUGAUUUUCAUGUUUGAAAAGGAUAUUGAUCAUGUUUUAUAUUGAUAUUUAAUGAAAUUAGUUUUUGAUAAAUGUCGUUAUCGUUUUAUCGCCCAGCCCUACCUCAUCCUGAUCAGCAUGUCUGAGUCUGAGGUCCUGGUUUUAUACUGGCAGAACAGAAAUGUAAAGGAUCUGAAUCCUGCUCAGAUCCUCUGGUUUAGUCCUGACCCAUAAAAACAGACCCUCUGAUUCUCUGACCCGGGGUCAGUCGGUCAAAGUUCUGACAUUUUCAGGAUCUUCUCUCCUCAUGUUUUUUUUCAGGAACCUCCUCUGAGGUUAAAAAGUGAUGGAGUUAAAUUAAUCACAGAUGUGUUUUUACUUUGUUGUAAUCAGAGAGUUUAACCUCAUUAAAGUCUGAGAACACAAACAAACAGACACAGAGGUCCUCCUCUGAUCACCCAUCAUCAUACUGCUCUCUGUCUCUCUCUCUCUCUCUCUCCCCCUCUCUCUCUCUCUCUCUCUCUCUCUCUCUCUCUCUCUCUCUCUCUCUCUCUCUCUCUCUCUCUCUCUCUCUCUCUCUCUCUCUCUCUCUCUCUCUCUCUCUCUCUCUCUCUCUCUCUCUCUCUCUCUCUCUCUCUCUCUCUCUCUCUCUCUCUCUCUCUCUCCUCUCUCUCUCUCUCUCUCUCUCUCUCUCUCUCUCUCUCUCUCUCUCUCUCUCUCUCUCUCUCUCUCUCUCUCUCUCUCUCUCUCUCUCUCUCUCUCUCUCUCUCUCUCUCUCUCUCUCUCUCUCUCUCUCUCUCUCUCUCUCUCUCUCUCUCUCUCUCUCUCUCUCUGUCUCUGAACCGGAAGAUAAUGAGUGAUGAUAAACGUUGAGAGUUCUCAUCAUCGUCACCUUUGUCCGUGUCAUCUCUGUGUCUUUGUCUCACUCCUCCUCCUCUCCUCCUCCUCCUCUCCUCUCCUCCUGCUCCUAUCAGCUCUCAUUAAUCUUCCUCACAGCCUUCAUUAAAGCUGCUGCUCCUCCUCCUCCCUCUCUGCUCGCUCCUAUCUCCUCCCAAUGCCGUUCUCCUCGACCUUUAUCUGCUCGCUGCUCGCCUUCCAUAAUCUCUAUCCCUGAAGUUCAUCCCUCCUCCUCUCCUCUCCUCCUCCUCCUCCUCUCCUCUCCUCCUGUAAGGUGUGAAUUAAACUCCGUUCUAGUUUUCCACCUCCUCUUCAUUUAAAGGUUCUGUCGGUUCUGUUGAACCCGAUGAACUGGUACUUUCUGUGUUUUCAUGAUGGGAUCAAAGUGAGCAGACCUCUGAAGAAGACCUCUGUUCUGGUCAGGUGGUUCGGUUUGAUGAUCUGCUCCAGUUUGGGUUCCUGGUUCUGGUUCUGCAGACACAUCAAAUUCUCAUCGGUGUUUUUUUUUCGUUCUGCUCUUUUUCAGGUCAGCAGGUUCUGGGUCUGGUGGAGAACCAGAGUGACUGGUACCUGGGGAACCUGUGGAAGAACCAUCGACCCUGGCCCGCUCUGGGGAGAGGAUUCAACACAGGUGAGACAGGAGAGGUUCUCCUUCAUCCAGGUCAUCAUGGUCAUCUUCAUCUCCAUCCGAGUAGAUCUUUACUCACGCUGCCGUUCAGGUUUUUCCUUCAAAGUCUGAGAUGGAAUUAUCAUUAGAAACAUCUUCAUGAAGCUGUUUGCUGUAGUCUGAUUGGAUUCACUCUCGCCUGGUUCUGUUGAGAUAUUCCACCUUCUCUCUCUCUCUCUCUGAGGAGACAGGAGGAGAAGGAUCCUGACCCUCUGCAGGAGAGGAGCUCCUCACCUGAAAGUGUGUUUUGUGAAGCUUGAACAGCAGAUCUGUGUGUCGAUUUUACUCAGAACAACAGUUUGACAGGAAGCCUCGGUUCAGCCGCGGCGGCUCGGCUUUGAGGCGGCGUCCGUGCAAACAGAUGGAGCACAGCGGGGCGUGAAAGACGCUCUGUUUGUUCCAAAUAUUCGGCGUGUUUCUGCCUCUGAAGACGCUUUUAUUUGUUCAGCAGCAGCAGCAGCAGCAGCAGCGGGGAGACGUCUUUUAUUAGCCCAGGAGCCGAGGAGGAGAAGUUUUUGAUAUGUUGGCGGAGAAAGUUAGCAGAAAGAUUUGUGUUUGUAGGCGGAUUUGAACGCGUCUUUACAUCCUGUCUUUACUUGAAGGUUCACAGCUUUAUCAGAGGAAACACAGGGCUGUGAUUCAGAGCCUCAUCACGGGACUUUAUCACCUCUACCAGGCAGCCAGAUACCCAUCUCUGUGUUCCUAAAGCUUCUGCUGUGUGUGUGUGUGUGUGUGUGUGUGUGUGUGUGUGUGUGCGCUUUCCAGGGGUGAUUCUUCUUCUCCUCGAUCGUCUCAGGAAGCUGAGGUGGGAGCAGAUGUGGAGGCUGACUGCAGAGAGGGAACUAAUGAGUAUGCUGUCCACAUCGCUGGCAGACCAGGUAACACACACACACACACACACACACACACACACACACACACACACACACACACACACUUACACACACACACACACACACGUAAACCCCUCUUACACAGAGUUUGUUGUUUGAACAAACCUCCUCACAGCGUCUUCAGCUGAUUCUAACUCCGUGUACGACACAAACCAAACCCCUCACUACAGUCGUGUUUCUGUUCUCACUCAUAUUUAUUAUAUUCAUAUUUAAUCAUUCUUCUGUAUAAAACAACAACACUGAAAGUCAUGAAGAACAGACCGUAUAUAGAGGAGUCCAAACUCCUUCAGAGCUGAUGAAAUCUUCCUCUUCAUGAUAAAAAUUCAACUUUAAGUUUUAAACAAAUGAAGACGAAAACAAAACACAACAAACAUGAAACACAAGAAUACAACACAACUCAACACCAACAAUACCACACAGGGUUAACUAAUGACACACCAACACAUGACACAGCAUACAACAGGUUACAACAUGAUCUGAUAUAUGAUACAAAUGACACAACAGAGUAUGAUAAAUGACACAAUAUGACACAAUAUGAUACACGACAAUAUGAUACAAUACAGUAUGAUAAAGUAGAAUAUGACACAACACAAUAAGACACAAUAAGAUAUAUAUGACACAACACAAUAUGACACAAUAUAACACAAUGUGAUACGUGACAUUAUGAUACACUAUGACACGACACAAUAUGACACAACAAAAAAUAACACAAUAUGACACAUUAUGAUACAACACAAUUUUAAACAACACAAUAUGAUGCAAUAUGACACAGAGCUCUUAGAUCUAAGACAGAAGGUCAGACCUGCUCAGACCUUCGUCUUAAACUGAAGUGAACUCAGUCGGUCCUUAUUGAUGAGGUUCAGGACUGAUGUGAUCCAGAGAGACCCAACAUGAAGACUGGAUCAGACUGAGUCCACAUCCUAUAAGACCAGACCCUUUCUGAUCCAUCUGAACCCCCCAUGAGAGAAACACUUAACAGGAUUUAGAGAGUUAGAACCCAGAGGAAGAACUUCCUCUAACAGGCAGAAACCUUCAGCAGGACCAGACUGAUGGUAGACCUCCAGGAGGACCAGACUGAUGGUAGACCUCCAUCUGUUGAGACCAGUUCUUAAACAUCUGCAUCAAUGGGAUCAAGAUGGUAGUGGGUCUCUGAGAGUCUUCAUGUGGACCUGUGAGAGCCAGGAGGACCGCCUAGAUGGAACCAGAGUCCUCGUGUCAGUUUGUCUGUGGGCUUUAAGUCAGAACCACAGAGUCAGAACCACAGAGUCAGAACCACAGAAUCCAGAACCACAGAGUCAGGUCCACAGAGUCAGAACCACAGAAUCCAGAACCACAGAGUCCAGUCCACAGAGUCAGAACCACAGAGUCAGAACCACAGAAUCCAGAACCACAGGGUCAGGUCCACAGAGUCAGGUCCACAGAGUCCAGUCCACAGAGUCAGGUCCACAGAGUCAGGUCCACAGAGUCAGAACCACAGAGUCAGAACCACAGAAUCCAGAACCACAGGGUCAGGUCCACAGAGUCAGGUCCACAGAGUCAGAACCACAGAGUCAGAACCACAGAGUCAGAACCAGGCUGUGGGGUCCAGACCUGAACAUGAUGAAACAGAAGGCAAAACAAACGGCUCACUGUGUGUGUGUGUGUGUGUGUGUGUGUGUGUGUGUGUGUGUGUGUGUGUGUGUGUGUGUGUGCAGGACAUCUUCAACGCUGUGAUCAAACAGAACCCGUUCCUGGUCCACCAGCUGCCGUGUUUCUGGAACGUCCAGCUGUCGGACCACACGCGCUCCGAGAAGUGCUACAAAGACGUGUCGGACCUGAAGGUGAGACACACACACACAGAAGGACACACUCAUGUUUUUGAAGAUGUUUCCAUGGUAACACUUCCUGUAAAUCUCUGAUUACGUCUCCAGUCCUUUUUUAAACGUCUCUGUCCUGGUUUAUUAUUAUAAUUAUUAUUUUAAUGAGUUUAUAAAAACAGACGAACAUUAACGAGCUGAGAGACGAUGAAGCUGAAGACACAAACUCAAAACAACAUCCUGAUCUCAACAACGUGUGGAGAAGAUUUAUUUCUGAAGGAGAAACGAUAAUUAACCACAGACUCAGUGACAGACGACCAGAGAGUCGUUAAAAACAUCCAGUGAUCAGGAUGAUAUCGUAAUUAACCUGAUUAACAGACAGACGCUCUGUGGUUUCUCAGGUGAUCCACUGGAACUCUCCGAAGAAGCUGCGCGUGAAGAACAAACACGUGGAGUUCUUCAGGAACCUCUACCUGACCUUCCUGGAGUACGACGGAAACCUGCUGAGGCGAGAGCUCUUCGGAUGUCCGAGCGAGGCCGACCACAACAGCGAGAACGUGAGUGGACCAGAGUCUGUGUUUCUGGUUCCUGUCUCCAGAGCAGGUCUUCUAUGUGGACUCCACGGUCCUGAAAGCUCAGGGUGUGAAAGUGGAGAUCAGACCCGUUCACCUGGAGUCACUCCACCCCACCCCUGCAGCUCAUUGGCUGUCUCAAACUGGAGUCCGACCAGUCAGACCAGUCCCCUCUAAAGUCUUCAUCAGCGCCAUGUUCUUGACCUGCGUGGUCAGGACCUGAUGACGUGUUUGUUUUUGUCGGCCUGCUUUAAUUUUGGUUUUAGUCUUUGUGUCGAACUCUCAUUUUCGUUUUUAGACUCGUGGUGUUUUUCCCUUUUUCUUUUUCCACGACACACACGUCCGUUUUCUUUUCCACUUGUUUGUAGCUGAAGUGUGUCCAGAUAUCAUUUCUUAUUUUUCUCCCCAAUGACCUCACCAAGACUUCAACUCACCCAAAAACGUCUUUGUCCACCGCGUCUAAAAAUACCGCAAGUUAGGAGAUCGAGGAUGUGACGUCACCGAGGAAACGGAAACAAUAACAACGACUAAAUGAUUUUGUCUCGUCUCGUUUUAGUCAAAGAAAAUGAAGAGACAUUUUCACAGAGUUUUUAUCUUGUGAACCACAUUUAAGGUCCUUACACACCGGGAACGACGCAAAUAUACGACGCGAAAUUACAAAAUAUUCGUAGACGAAUUUUGACGCACCUGACUUACUCAUCAACCACGAUGCGAUUUUGCGACUUUCCUGUUAAAACACACAAACCAUCGUCAUCUGAGAAAUCCGACACUAUGACUCUCCACAAGUCGUCCUUCAGGUCGUUAUCUUUGUAAUGUUUGUGUCUUUGAUCAAAAAUCACUCUAAACAAUCAGCCGGUCGGCCAUGUUGGAUAUACCGGCAACAACAUGAAAUCUGAUUGGUCAGAAGUGGACACACAGGAUGAGAAACUUUAGAAAAAUCGGCCGUGAUCCGAAAAAAUAAAUGCCGCAAUAUCGCAGAACGGGAAAACGUCGCUGAUGUGAACGCUUGUAUUGACAGGAUACAGGUUCAAAAAAAAUAUUGGCGUCCAAAAUAAUCGCACGAAAAAAAAAACGCUCCCGGUGUGAAACAACCUUUAGUCUAAUUUUUGUUCCUCAACAAUAUCACGUUAUAUAUUUAGUUAUAGUUAUUGUCACAUGACCACCGUUUAAGCUUCGCCUCGUCUCGUUUUCGUCACGUGAUAAAGGUUCGUUGACGGCGAUAUUUCGUCAUAAUUUUCGUUGACGAAAGCAACACCACUCAUGAGGCAGACAGGGCUGAGCUGUGGCGCCACCAUCCUCGUCUGCGUGUACAGCAGAGCCCGGGAUCUUCACUGCAGCGCUCCCAGGUUGACCUCUGACCUUUUCACCCUCUAAAAAAAACAAGUCGGUUCUCUCUCCAGAACUUGAAACAGAACCGUGUGGUUCUGCCUGAGGACCCAGAGUCCUCGCCGUGGUCCCAGAGGUGCAGACUCUGCUGUUAAUGACUCCUCCUGAGGUGACGCCGUCGUUGCUCGUCUUUACAUCAUUGUUUGUACGAUAUUUUCACUCAGUACAGUUUCUGGUUCUGAUCCGUGCCGCUCCGUUUCCGUCCCCCGUGUCCCUCAGUCUGACUUUAAACACUCUUCAGUUCAUCAGACUUUUUUAUCCUCUUUUCAAACCCGUGUUGUUUUUGAACUGAAGUUUUUAUCCUCUCUGUGUCCCGCACAAUCAGCCCAGCGGAUAAACCGAACACUCUUAAACUUUCGAACCCGGCGUUGGGCUCGCAGACGGAGGAGAGAGCUGUCAAUCAUUCCUUAGACAGCGGCGGUCUGCGUCCUCUCUGAUAACCUUGGCUCUGUGACGACGACGACGCUGCUGUUUGAAUGAGACCAACUUUAGGUCUUUUAUUUUGAAGGAGCUGAACUGUCUGAGGGUCAUCUCCAGACUCGAUCUGUGUCGGUCCUGACUGACUCUGUGACGGGGCGUCGUUUUUUACUCGACCUCUGAGGGUUUUAGCUUGUUGAAGAAGUUUAAGUCCUGGUUGAAGAUCUGAGAAUCAGUCAAAAAAAGCGUCCCACCCCCCCACACACACAAACCCCUCCCCUCUGUUUUCCAUGAUAACUCCGCCCCCUGAACCUGUAUCCCCUCCCCACGACACACCCCCUCUGACAGAAGAUCCUACGCCAGCUUCAAAUAGGAUUAAUACAGUGAGGGUCAAAUAGGUCGAACACAGCGAGGUGAUUGGAUAGAGAGGCGGAGCAGGAGAUUGACCAAUAGGAGCUGUCCGGGACGGAUGGCUCCCAUUGGUCGAUGUUUUUGCAGCCCUGCACCUGAUAGGGUGAACAGAUUUUUUCCGUUCUUUUAUCUUUUCACUUCGUGGAGAUUGCACUUUAGGACCAUGGUCGCCAUAGAAACGACUGUAAGAGUCGUAACCAUGACUGGAAGAGUGGAUGUGCAGAGUGAACGCACAGAGAAACCCUCUGAUUUCAGAUCACGGCUGAUUCCUGCUUCCUCUCCUCCAGGAUCUUUGUGACAAACUUAAAUAAAACUACUUCACUAAAAUGAUAAACCUGAAGACUUCGUUAGGACCCUGAUCUGCAGGCUGUUGUUGGUCUGCAGACGUUCUCCAGGUGUUGGAUAAGCUGAACAGACUCCUCGUCUGUGUCGCCUCUCUCCUGCAGUCGACGCCUCGACCUCCGGACCAGCUGAAGGUCGGCUCGGUCCGGACGCUGCAGGAUAAUUCAAGUGUCAGCUCUGUGGUCGGUUAAUCUCAUUAUGAUUUUCCAUCACGGUGUGCCAGAGGCUUUUUUUCUGCCAACACUCAAUCCUAAUGUGUCCUUAACUCAGGAAAGAGUUUACUCAGAGUUUGAGCAGCGAUUUAAAUCCCAUUAAAGUGACGAUUAGACUAAUGAAGCCACAGAGGGAUCCUGGAGCAGACCGCUGACCGGCCUCCUUCAGGGCCGCCGAGACGCCGCCGCCGCCACUGCAGCAGCAGCAGUCCACUCAGACUGAGAGAGUGACACUACACACACACAUAAACACACACAUAAACACACCUUAAAUCUUCUCUGUGUUGUUUUCCAGCGUCAGUGUUCAGAGGUCACCUCUAACUCACACAGACCAGGUUUUCCUCCCUGAUCUCCGUCAUGCAGACUCUCUUUGAGGCUCCGGUCCAUGCAGACACACUCUGGAGUAUUUUUAACAACAAUAAUAAUAAUAAUAAUAAUAAUAAUAACUGCUGACAAUAAACGCCGGCCGGCAUUAAACCCACAGAUCCUCUUCUUCUUUUUUAGACCAUCUUUAAACUCUGAUUCCUGCAGCAGGUUUGAGUUAAAAACUAAGAUUCUGCUUCUUCAUUCAGCAGAUUUAACAUUUAUACAUCAGAACUUAUGAAACAGACAGAACAGAAGAAUAAAGUUUAAUAUGCUGCCUGUAGAAAAGGAAACACUUCUGUCUCUUCAGUCAGUCUCAAAGGGGAUGAGAGCGGCCUCUCUGAUUGGUUAAUCAGGAUUUAACCUCUUACACGCCGCUCCUCACUUGCUCGUUAACGGAUGACUGUCUAACGCCCGUGUCGCUCCUCUCUCUCUCUGCCUGCAGCUCCAGAAAACUCUGUCCGAGCUGGAUGAAGAUGAUCCGUGUUACGAGUUCCGUCGAGAGCGAUUCACCGUCCACAGGACUCACCUGUACUUCCUGCACUACGAGUACGAACCGUCCGCCGAUAACACCGACGUCACUCUGGUGGCUCAGCUCUCCAUGGACAGGUGAGAACCUUCGUCUGCAGAAUCUGGGCUCCUCUGCAGACUUUUGAUUUUAGACCAGACUUAAUUUAGAUUUUAGAUUGAACUUUAUUUUAAUUUUACAUAAAACUAUAUUUCAGUUUUAAGUUAAAGGGGUUUGUGGUUCUGGAGCCGCCCAACUCAAAGCCAUCAGAACCGGACUCGUCAGGAACAUGGAUCUGAGAUCAUCCAUGAGACUCUGCUGAUCCUGAGAGGAGACACUCUUCCUGUCAGAAACCUAAAAUCUGGAGUUGACAGCAGAAGCUCCUCUGAUCCUUUUCUGUCCGUCCUCCAUGAUCUGGAUCAGACCUGGAUCAGGUGGACCGCUCCUGCUGACCGGUCUCAGUCCUGAGGUUCCUGGUGAUUUUAGAGGGUUUCUCAGAUCAGACGUUUGAAGGACCUGACUUUAGAGGAAACAGAGUCCUCCUCCUGUCUGCUGGUCACCUGCUGUCCUACCUGGACUCUGCUGGACUCUCCACCGUGGUUGUGGAGUCAGACCAGCGUGUCUCUGAGACAUUAGAUCAGCUUAAAAACGUCUUUUCUGACCUUCGCUUUAACGGACACACAUAGAGAAGGUUUUUAGGACGUUUAAGUGAACCAGUUUGACUCAGCUCCCUCUGAGGAGGAUCCCCUAAAGACCACAAAGUAUAAACCUCCUCACAAGAUCAUUAUUUAUGUCCCAUAAUUCAUUGCAGUAGGAUUUGCGUAGCGGGCUCUGAAUCUCGGGGUAAUAAACCUUUUUGUUUAAGUGACCCAGCGGUACGUGAAGUGUCCCUCAGGACGAGCAGCACUUUGUUUUAAUGUUGUCAGUGUGUCGUAUCUUCUCUUCAGCACUAUAUUAUCAUUAUUAUGGAGCCGGCGUAAUAAACACUGCUGCCUCUAGGGGCUGCGAGCUGGCUGCAGACUUAGUCUGGUUUUAAUGAGGCCCACGGCGGCUCGGCGGGGAGAAACACGGCAUAUUGCAGAUCUGAAACAAUGUCAGAAAUCCAGAAAAAGACACGAGUUCACCUUCAGAUGGAGUUUGAAAUAAAAGUGAGGAGAGACCAGAGAGGGAGGCGUCCUGAGGAACCGAGAGGACGCCAUGAUGGAGGAGAAGAAGUCAAAAUAUGAAUUUCUACAUUUAGAGUCUGAUCUCAAAGUCGAACAAACUUCGCCGUCUUCUUCUGAGACAAAGAUAAAACAAAAAUCAGCGUUUUUACAUCAGACUGCUCAUGAGUUUGAAGAUGGAGUCUUUAUUCCAGAUCUUCAAACAAAGUCAUCAGGGCGGUUUGUGUCUCAACAGUCACACAGAAACAGAAACAGCAGGAGGCAGCUGCAGGGCGCCGAGCGAGCGAGCGUUCAAACCCUCCCGAUUCUGACAGACCUCCAAAACGCAGAAACAGGAAGACGGUCUUUUAUCCGGGACCCUCGCCCUGUUUCUGUUUCCACAUCAGACGGUUCUCAGAGGUCUUCGGUUAUCUGCAGCUCUGCAGGAAGGACGUUUCUUCUCCUUUUUCAGCAGCUUCGACCGUUUAUGAGAACAAAAUGAGAGGAGUGUUAGUUCAGGCAGGGCGAAGGGUCUGGCUCCGCCCACAAACCUGAAAAUUUUGGUUUUAUUUUGACACCUUUAGCCCCUCCCACUCCUCCUCCCGCCUCCACCCCAGUUCACGCUGAGUCUGACCGGACCAGGGUCUAACGGACCCGCUCUGAUCUGAAGUUAUCUGGCGCGUUCUAUCUUGUUUACCCAGAUAUCUCGACAGCUAGCAUUCUGUGCUCACACUUUGGUAUCUUGUAUAAACCAGCUUGUAUCUUGUUGCGUAAGAUUGCACAGGCGGAAAAAACGUGUCUCUGUGUGUUACUUCGUCUUCCAAGUGUGUAUCUUGUUUGUCUGUUACUUUGUCAUCCACAAGUGUAUCUUGUUUGCAGAAUAAUUUGUCGUCCAAGUGUGUAUCUUGUUUGCUCGUAACUUUGUUGUCUACGUGUGUAUCUUGUUUGUGUGUCCAAGUCUGUAUCUUGUUUACAUGUUUCUUUGUCAUCCACGUGUGUAUCUUGUUUUCAGGAUACUUUGUCGUCUACGUGUGUAUCUUGUUUUCAGGAUACUUUGUCGUCUACGUGUGUAUCUUGUUUGUGUGUCCAAGUCUGUAUCUUGUUUGUCUGUUACUUUGUCGUCCACAAGUGUAUCUUGUUUGCAUUUACUUUGUCUUCCAAGUGUGUAUCUUGUUUGCAGGAUAAUUUGUCGUCCAUGUAUGUAUCUUGUUUGCAUGUAACAUGUGUAUCUUGUUUGUGUGUUAUUUUGUCUUCCACGUAUGUAUCUUGUUUGUGUGUCCAAGUCUGUAUCUUGUUUACGUGUUUCUUUGUUGUCCAUGUGUGUAUCUUGUUUGAGUGUUACUUUGUUGUUCUCAUGUGUAUCUUGUUUGUGUGUCCAAGUGCAUAAAGUGCUUUUUUUAACAUGAUAGUAUCUUGUUUAGCACAAAGUGUCUCAUUCUGAAAUGCUACUAUCUUGUUUGCAGAGGUCAUAAUCUUGUUUUGACAGGUUUAUGUGUGUUUUCAUGCUGAACAGUAUCUUGUCUGUAUCUUGUUGGCAUCAGUGUUCUUCAGUCUGUUUGUGUUGUGUCGGCUCUGCAGGCUCCAGAUGUUGGAGGCCAUCUGUAAACACUGGGAGGGGCCCAUCAGUCUGGCGCUGUACCUGUCGGACGCCGAGGCGCAGCAGUUCCUGCGGUACGCUCAGGGCUCCGAGGUCCUGAUGAGCCGCGGGAACGUGGGCUACCACAUCGUCUACAAAGAGGGUCAGUUCUACCCCGUCAACCUGCUGAGAAACGUGGCUAUGCGGCAGGUCAACACGCCGUACAUGUUCCUGUCGGACAUCGACUUCCUGCCCAUGUACGGCCUCUAUGAGUACCUCAGGUAAGACCAGGAUGACGAGGAAGAGGAGGAAGAAGAGGAGGAAGAGGGUCUUCAUUAGGGCUGGGCGAUAAAAUGAUAACGAUAUAGAUCGAAAAUUAAUUUACUUCAAUAUCGAUAUAAAACAUGAUCAAUAUCUCUUUCAAUAGUCGUCAUUCUGACAUGUUUUGGUCGACUAUACGAACAGCCAAUGAAAAGGGGAGUGUCUCCGGGUCUGAACCAAUCAUGUUCUGAAUUAGAACCAAGUAUCAACCAACUGCAGCGUCGUAGCAGACAGCAGCUCCACCCAACCAUAGCACUUUAACAGGUGAAGCCGACAGCACUGUUGGUGAGAAACAAAGAAAAUGAGUGCUACCCCCGACAGAAAUGACCAUGAAGGCUCAACAGAUGACCACAUCAAUGUCAACCACAACACUGGCGUUAGGAAAACGUCGGUGGUGUGGAGGUAUUUUGGUUUUUGGAGGUCGGACAUGAAGCAGAGUAAUGUGGACUGUAAAUUAUGUCGAGUACAUGUUCUCACAAAGUCGGGGAAUACCUCAAAUCUUUUUCACCACCUGAAGCAGCGCCACGCCGCAGAGCACGCGCAACGCAAGAGGUUACAAACCCCGAGAGGAGCGAGGAGCCCAUGGCGCCUGAAACAGACGACCAUUCAGUCGUCUUUCUCUAGAGCGACGCCUUACGACAAAACGCCAAAGAGACACAAAGACCUCACAGAUGCAGGAGAUUAUUGUGUUGGAAAAGACAUGAGACCAAUAAACACUGUUAGAUUUUUAUAUCCUGAUAUUGAUCCAUAUCAGCUGAUAGGAAAUCAAUAAUAUAUCCUGAUAAACUUUUUCACAUAUCGCCCAGCCCUAGACUUUAUCACUUUAUCAGCUCUGUAACUGCAGUAACACCACAACGCUGCAACGUGUGUGUGUGUGUGUGUGUGUGUGUGUGUGUGUGUGUGUGUGUGUGUGUGUGUGUGUGUGUGUGUGUGUGUGUUCUGUAGGAAGUCAGUGGUCCAGCUGGACAUGGCCAACACAAAGAAAGCUCUGGUGGUCCCGGCCUUUGAGACGCUGAGGUACCGUCUGUCUUACCCGAAGUCCAAAGCGGAGCUGCUGUCUCAGCUGGACAUGGGGACGCUCUUCACCUUCAGGUAAAAAACAAACACACACACACCUCUGUCUCUCUAAAAAGUCAUGUCCUUUUAAAAACAGGGUGUCUCAUACAGUGUUGUUUUUGGCAGGCAUUUUAGAUUUAGUUUUAGUCUUAGUCAUUUUGACGAAAUGCUUCUUCGUUUUAGUCCCAUUUUAGUCAUUUCUAUCCUUGAUAGUUUUCGUCUAGUUUUAGUCCGACGAAAACUCAAAAGGUUUUAGUCUAGUUUUAGUCGACGAAAAGGUGUCUUUUGAGGUUCGUGGUGUUCUUUCCCGACAGUUUGAAGCCGCAGCAUGAGGAAGCUGUGGCUCCACAACUGUCGUCUGUCUCGUCUCCCCGUACAAGACAUUGUGUUUUAUUGUCACUUGAACUGUAUCUGAAGUAGGACCAAAAAUCAUCCCUCUUUUUUCGGCCACCGGGCACCGCUGCUGUGCCUGCCGCCACGGUGUGUGUGUGUGCGCGCCUCGUCCACCUGCCGCUCUGUGUAUGUGUAUGAGUGUGUGCGCGCAGCUGUGCGCGAGCGAGGCUUUUGGUGCGUGUGUGAUGGGGGCGUGACUGUUAGGACUAAAAAAAGCAUGUUUUGAAACUUUGUUCGUCCACCUAAUAACAAUUUAGUCUCGUCUCGUUCUCGUCUGACAAAAAUGAAAACAAUUUUCGUCACAUUUUAGUCUUUACAGAGCUUUGGUGACGUUCGUCUUAGUCUCAUUUUCGUCAAGGAAAAAAGGGGUCUGACGUCGUCAUUUAAGUUUUCGUCCUGCCUGACGAAAACAACACUGGUCUCAUAUUAGAGUGAAUACGGUACUUCAGGGUUCUCUUACUUUAAAAUAAAAAACUGGGUCACGUUGUGAACAGAGUCUCACCUGCAGAGGACCAAGUCCAUAAAUCUGUGGAGUAUAAAUCCACAUUUCCUCUCUCCUGUUUGUUCCAAGUUUCCAGUUUAAUUUCUUCAUUUUCUAAAGCAGUAAAAGAGAAAACAGCAGCAGCAGCAGCUCCGUGUCUGCAGGCAGGAACACUGGAGGAAGGAUUUCUCUGCACGGCCAGAAGAAAGGUGUUUCUGUUCUGUUUCAGAGCGCCGUCACACUCUCUCCUCCUCCUCCUCCUGCUCCUCAGUCUGUAAAAACCUCUGACAGUGUUAUGAAGGAAAGAGACGCACUACCUUUAACCCUCAGAAACGGUUUGGACGCCGUGAGGAGGUCUCAAACACAGAUCAGAGGAGGACAGUUCUCACUCUCUCCAGCUCACAGUAACCUCUCUCUCUCUCUCUCCCCCCUGCAGGUAUCACGUGUGGACAAAAGGCCACGCCCCCACUAACUUCGCCAAAUGGCGGACGGCCACCACGCCGUACAGGGUGCAGUGGGAGGCGGACUUCGAGCCCUACGUCAUGGUGAGGAGGGACAGUCCCGAGUAUGACCGGCGCUUUGUGGGCUUCGGCUGGAACAAGGUGGCCCACAUCAUGGAGCUGGACGCACAGGUACGGACCCUCACAGACCGUACGGCGGUACAGAAAAUUCAAUUAAAGGAGAAGUCAGAGCUGAGCUUUGACUCCUGAUUGGUCUUUUCUGAGGUCUGCAUAUCCUCGGUUUGAAUGACCUAUUCAGUGAGACGCUCGUGUUUUUAAUGAAAAAGCCUCUCGAUUAAAAAAAGAGGAGCCUCUCUAAUCUGGUUCCUGAAAGUCUCGGCUCCUCAUUUCUGUCAAAACGACUCGUUAUCUCGUCACUGAAGCAGGACCGAAGAGUUUUGAAUUCAAAGAGAGGACGUGGCGUAUCAGAGGGGACAGAGGAGGGCUGACGUUCUCCUGACACAGCGCUUUAAUCAGACGAUCUGAUCUCAGCGGUCUUCUUCACAUUCACAAACUCGGCGUCGUUAUCUGUCCGUCCACGGCUGCUCGUCCACUUCCUGUCAGACCAGGGCAGUGAAGAUGAAGAAGAUGAAGAAGACCAACUGUAAACGUUCGCAGUCUUCCUGAAAAACUUGCUGACUCAGCUCCGUUUAAACACAACAGGGUUAUGUAAUGAUUAAAGGGUGAACCAGGUGAUCAACAGUAAAACUACCUGAUUUGAUCCCUUAUAAACAGGGUUGAUCAUCCUGACUGUAAAAAUCAUAUUUAUAUAGUAUCGUGUCUCUGCGUUUAAAACAUGUGGUUAUAAUGGGAAUCAAUGGGGCGAAAACAGACACUAAGACCAGAAAAGGAAGUUUGUUUUAAUCUGUUGCUGCACAAAAAUUAAAUAUGCAUCAAAACCAAUUAUGUUACUAAUCUUUGACAUGUCCAAGACUGUGAUAACAGGUAAAAAUUUUCUUUGUCCGAUCAUUUUUUAUAUUGAAAAAAGCUCAUUUUAUGUGUAUUUUUCCCAUAUCAGUGACUUUCUUUUUUAAACUGGUGUUCAAAGGGUUAACAUUUUUAAUUAUUUUGUUAUACUAACUAGUUUUGAUCAAUACUGAGGAUGAUUAAAAGAUGAAUGCAAAAAAAGAAGAUUUUUUUUUUUAUUCGAUAUAUUUUACAGCAGUCAAAGUUAGAGGCUGAAAACAGACACUAAGACCAUAAAAGGAAGUUUGUUUUAAAAUCUGUUUCUGCACAAAAACUAAAUAUGCACCAAAGCCAAUUAUGUCACUAAUCUUCGACAUAUCCAAGACUGUGAUAGCAGGUAAAAAAUGUCUUUGUCCGAUCACAUUUUAUUUUGAAAAAAGCUCAUUUUAUGUGUAUUUUUCAAAUAUCAGUGACUUUCUUUUUUUAAAUUUGUGUUCAAAGGGUUAAAAAUCUGAUUUUUUUUUUUAGUAUUUCUAGUUUUGAUCAAGACUGAGGUUGAUUAAAAGAUUAAUGCAAAUAAAAUAUAUUAAAAUAAUAAUCUGAUAUAUAUUUUUACAGCAGUCAAAGUUAGUGGCCGAAAACAGACACUGAUACCAUAAAAUGAAGUUUUUUUAAAAUCUGUUGCUUCACAAAAACUAAAAAUGCAUCAAAACCAAUUAUGUUACUAAUCUUUGACAUUUCCAAGACUGUGAUAGCAGGUAAAUUUUUUAUAGAUUUUUUAUAUUGAAAAAAGCUCAUUUUAUGUGUAUUUUUCCCAUAUCAGUGACUUUCUUUUUUAAAUUGGCAUUCAAAGGGUUAAAAAUAUGAUUAUUUUUUUUUUGUAUUUCUAGUUUUAAUCAAGACUGAGGUUGAUUAAAAGAUUUAUGCAGAAAAAAAAGUGAAAAAAUAUUAACCUGAUGUAUUUUUACAGCAGUCAGAGUUCGUGGCUGAAAACAGACGCUCAUACCGCUAAAGGGAAGUAAAUUUGCUGACAGUGCACUGUUGACCUUUUGAAAACUUUGAAAUCAUAUUUUCAAAUUAUGUAGAAAAAUAAGGUUUGUCAGCAAAAAUCAUGUCAUUUUCUACAAUACAGUGAAAGUUUUUGUCAAAUUAAGAGAAAAAAGUGACAUUUUUAUCUCCAAUCCUGAAUAAGGGUUAACUCCACCCUCUCCACCCUCCAUCAUCCCUCCAUCAUCCCUCCAUCACCCCCCUGAACCGUCUCAAACUUGUGUGUCUCUCCGCAGGAGUACGAGUUCGUGGUUCUUCCUAACGCCUACAUGAUCCACAUGCCUCACGCUCCGAGCUUCGACAUCACCAAGUUCCGCUCCAACAAGCAGUACCGGGUCUGCUUGAAGACCCUGAAGGAGGAGUUCCAGCAGAACAUGUCGCGGCGCUACGGCUUCGCGGCGCUCAAAUACAUGACGGCCGAGAACAACAGCUAG